AUGGCGUCUGGCAGCGGAGGGGCUAGGUCCUUUUUGGCGGACGCUGGUUAUGGGGAGCAGGAACUGGAUGCCAAUUCGGCCCUGAUGGAGCUGGACAAAGGUAGCCGCAGAGCAUGCUGGGAAUGGCUGGGGAUGGCUGGCCAUGCAGUGAUGUUAUUAUACUGAGCGGCCACAUCCAGAUAGAUCAGAGAUAGGCAGCCUUCGGCACUACACAUGUUUUGGACUACAUCUCCCAUAAUGCCUUUGCACCGAUAAUGCUGGCAAAGCAUCAUGGGAGGUGUAGUCCAAAACAUCUGGAGUGCCAAAGGACUCCCUAUGUCUUAUCUAGAUCAUGGGUCCUCAAACUCCGCUCCAGAUGUUGCUGAAUUACAACUCCCAUGAUUCUUUGAAUUACAUAGAUAGCCAGAGAAUCAUCUGAGUUGUAGUUCAGCAACAUCUGGGGGGGCCGGCGUUCGAGGACCCAUGAUCUAGGGAAAGAACUGUAAAACUCACACCGAAACAGCCCAGCUCUCACCAUAGCCGACUUAUAACAAGCAAUGUGACCCAAGCACUCAAUGUGAUUAAUAAACACCUCGUUAUUACCCUGAGCGCCUGGGUCACGUUGCGUUUUACUUUUAUGCAUUGGGUUUGCCAGCCUCAGGUCCAGCUGUGCACCCACAUACGCCCUUUUCUUAGGCAAGAUGCUGCCAAGGAGCUUGUUCAUGCUCUAGUAAUCUCUCACAUGGAUUACUGUAAUUCCCUCCUAAUUGGUCUCCCCAGAAGCCGUACUGCCCCCCUACAAUCUGUGGAGAAUGCUGCUGCCAGGCUGAUAUUUCUUUCCUGUCUCUCCUCUCACACCUUACCCCUGUGUCAAUCCUUACACUAGUUUCCUGUACCCUACAGAUGCCAAUUUAAAAUACUAACCCUUAUCUAUAAAGAACUGACCAACUCUAGCCCCUCUUACAUUUCUUCACAGAUUCAUAAGUAUGCCCCCUCUCGGUCUCUCCACUCUACUGGUGACCUUAUCCUGUCUGCUGCACGCACCCUUACUGCAAAUUCACGCCUGCAAGAUUUCUCACGGGCAGCUCCUUUCCUUUGGAACAGCCUGCCUACCCCUGUCAGACUCUCCCCUAGUCUUCAAUCAUCUAAGAUGUACCUCAAAACCCAUCUUUUCAGGAAUGCUUAUGAUCUCCAAGAGUAACUUCUAUCUCUCAAACCUUCCUCUUGCUCUCUACUAAUGGGCCACACUCCACUCUCACCUCCAGUUCUGCUACUUUCCCACCAUGUCUAUUUGCGGUCUCCCUCAAUACCCUUCCAAUAGUGUUUUUAUACCCCACCUCCUCUAGACUGUUAGCUUGUUUGAGCAGGGUCCUCAGCUACCUAUUGUUCCUGUUACAUUUUGUUAUUGUCUCAUUUGGUAAAUUCCUCUCCUAUUGUAAAGCACUGCGGAAUAAACUUGCGCUAUAUCAAUAAUAAUGUUGUACAGCGGUGCGGAAUAUGUUGGAGCUUUAUAAACCUAGUAAUAAAUAAAUAUUAGAAGUACGCAGAUUCCUUCCUUGCUGAUUACAACUAUAGCUAAGUUGGACAUUUUUUCCUAAUCAGUCCAGUUUAGCAAUUUGGUUGUCAAAGUACUAGGUUCACAAUUUUGGAUUUACAUUUACAAUUAUUUAUGUAGCGCAGACAUAUUCCACAAUAUGUAAACAAAACAGACACUAAAUUCUAACAAAAUGUGAUUGACAUACUCAAACAAUGAAGAAACAACUGGUGUGUUCACUAAACCGCAAAUUAUAAUGAAUUGAAACUAAAUUGCAAAAUAAAGGAUAAAUCUAUUCCUAGUUAUGACUAGAAAAGAAUUGGCAAAUUUUCAAAAACUUUUUUUCCCCCCUGAAAUUUGCACUUCAGUUUUCAAUUGAUCACAAUUCGAUGCUUAGUGAGUAAACCCCCAUAUAUGAUUAUUAACCCAACUCCGAAUAUUACAGGUUUAAAAUCUAAAUUGCAAAACCGAGCAACAAAUAGCUGAUCUGCAAAGACUCUUCCACUCAGAUUUAGUCACAGAUAGAAUAGUCUUCCUUCAGUUUUCCAUCACAGAUUUAAAUUCACUAUAUUUUGGAAUUUAGUGAGCAACCCUGCAAAGUGUGACUAGAAAUGUAAAGCUUGUGAAACAAAUGCAGAUACUUAAAUGUAUCUUAAUAAGUGAUCUAGAUCCCCAAAAUGUAUGUGAAACCUUUUAUUAUAAUUGUAGAUUGCAUGGAGACGUCUCCGUAAUCCAUGUAAAAUACCCAAUUUCUAGAACCACGUUACUGAUAACGUCAUAAUAGGUCUAUUGUACCUUCAGUACAUUGGGAAAGUUAGAAUUCAACCUGCAGCUUUCUCAUAUAAUUUUUUGUCUAAUACAUCUCUCUGUUUAAAGUAACACUAUAGUCACCUAAAUUACUUUAGCUAAAUAAAGCAGUUUUAGUGUAUAGAUCAUUCCCCUGCAAUUUCACUGCUCAAUUCACUGCCAUUUAGGAGUUAAAUCACUUUGUUUCUGUUUAUGCAGCCCUAGCCACACCUCCCCUGGAUAUGAUUGACAGAGCCUGCAUGAAAAAAAAACUGGUUUCACUUUCAAACAGAUGUAAUUUACCUUAAAUAAUUGUAUCUCAAUCUCUAAAUUGAACUUUAAUCACAUACAGGAGGCUCUUGCAGGGUCUAGCAAGUUAUUAACAUAGCAGGGGAUAAGAAAAUCUUAAUUAAACAGAACUUGCAAUAAAGAAAGCCUAAAUAGGGCUCUCUUUACAGGAAGUGUUUAUGGAAGGCUGUGCAAGUCACAUGCAGGGAGGUGUGACUAGGGUUCAUAAACAAAGGGAUUUAACUCCUAAAUGGCAGAGGAUUGAGCAGUGAGGCUGCAGGGGCAUGUUCUAUACACCACAACUGCUUCAUUAAGCUAAAGUUACUCAGGUGACUAUAGUGUCCCUUUAAACCAUAAUACUGAUUUUUGCAUUAACUAGUAAGAAUGUGUGGUGCUCUGUGCAACUGUGUGGUAUUCAUAUUUCAUAUACAUUAUAUGAUAUAUGACAGAUAACAUGAUUGAUAUGCCACAAAUGUACAAUAAAUAAAUUACAAUUUUUCUUCUUUUUCUCAGGAUUAAGAUCUGGGAAGCUUGGUGAGCAGUGUGAAGCAGUUGUGCGUUUUCCAAGAUUAUUUCAAAAAUAUCCAUUCCCCAUCCUGAUCAAUUCCGCAUUCCUUAAGCUUGCUGAUGUGUUCAGAGUUGGGUAGGUAUUUUCUGACCUUGUUUUUUCAGGCAUGAAGCCACUUAUUUAAAAGUUGAGUGUUGCAGCGAAAUGGAGUAAUGACUUGGGUCUUCAAAUCUCCCAUAAAGAGUGGUGUAGAUCAAUCCUGUUUUUAAAUAAAAAUCUUCACUGUCUGAAUUUAAAUGAGUUACAUUAUAAGAUUUUAAACAGAUGGCACUUGGUUCCUAAAUAGAUCAGUAGAAUAUUUCCUAACCACUCCUCUGAAUGUUGGAGAUGCGGGGUAAAAGAAGCAGAUUAUUUACAUAUAUGGUGGGAGUGUUCGAUCAUUAAAGAACUAUGGCAGGAUGUUGGAAGAAAGAUAAAUAAAAUAUUAAAUACUACGAUAGCUCUUGGACCAGAUCUCAUGCUUCUACAUAUUAAUAUACCUAGUAUGAGAAAAAAAGAUUUGAUCUUGUUACUCCACAUGUUGACUGCAGCCAAAUUAAUUAAAGCUAGAAAUUGGAAAAGCCCAUCCAUCAAAACCUGACUGGUGCUUAAUUAAACAUCAAUUAUGUUAUCAACUAAAUAUGGAAAAACAUAUUCCGACUCUUAAUAAUAAAACACUUAGAUAUACUGUUUUUUGGGACGAAUCAAUAAGAAAAAUCAAUAUGCUAAAAUUAAAUAUCUUAUAAAUCUAAAUGAAGUCUAGUAAAAAGGCACAAACCUCCCCCCCUUCCUCCGCUACUCACUGAUCCCCUCGAACGAGAGCACGAUAUUUGUAUUGUAGAUAUGUCUAUUUAUGUCUAGUGUUAUGUUUUAUAAUUUGGUUUCAGUCUUAUGUUCUGUCUACAUGUACUAUUAUAAUCGUAAAUAUAGAUUGACCAAAUGCUCAGUCUUUUGUUAACAAUAACUAAACAAAAUAUUAUUAAGCAUUAUGUGACCGAUUUUAUAUUUAUGGUAGAUAAUUGUGUUAAUGUAUGGUUUUUGUCUUGUGUUUUAUAUUUAAAAUUCCAAUAAGGAGAAAAAAAAAAUUGAGUGCUGCAAUUGUUCUUUUUUUUUUUUUUCUUCGAAUAUCAGACAAUGAAUUCCCAUUUAGUUCUUUCACAAAAUAUAUUUGUCUGCAAAUUUUAUGUCACAGAUGCUUGUAAUAUUGUGCACUUUGUGAGUAUUCUAAUUUAUCUUUCAGGAACAAUUUUCUUCGUCUCUGUGUGCUGAAAGUCACCCAACAGAGUGAGAAACACUUGGAAAAAAUCCUAAAUGUGGAUGAGUUCGUGAAAAGGAUCUUCUCUGUCAUUCACAGCAACGACCCUGUUGCCAGAGCAAUUACACUGAGGUAAUAACUUUAUAUAAACUCAUAAAUACUUUUCACCAACAAAUUGCGAGAUAAACAUUAAUGUUCAUCUAUUGUAGCAAUCGGAGUUGGAAUAUUCUAAAUCCUAUUUUUAUGUUGGAACCGAAAUAUAAAUGCCUACCUUGUAUCUUGCUACUGUAUUGUACUGCUUGUAACAAUUUGCAGUUUCCUCCUGUAGUGUGCUCUCCUGUAGUGUGUUUCUCUUCUUUUGCUUUACCUGUAUCCUCUACUGUUUUGCAGAAUGCUAGGCAGCAUGGCCUCCAUAAUACCGGAUCGUAAAAAUGCACAUCACAGUAUACGGCAGAGUUUAGAUUCCCAUGACAAUGUGGAGGUUGAGGCCGCUAUUUUUGCUGCUGCUCACUUCUCGGCACAGUCAAAGUAAGUAUUUUGGAAUGUGAGUGAGCUUGAGCAUAUUUAUGUGUAUUGGCAUUUCACUGGCUACACAUUUGUAAUGACUAUGAUCAUGCUUUUUAGUGAAUACUUUUUUUUUUUUUUGCUAUAAAAUAUGAAAAUGUUUGUUAAUGUAAAUUCGCAUUGGACUAUUAAAAUAAUGCUUAAUAUAUUCCAUUGUGCUAAAUGUCUGCUAUGAUAUGGCUAUUUUUUAAUUCCAUUUGUGAUUGCCAUGAUUUGCCUUUGUUUGCGAUUAAAGUAAAGAUGAAUUGUUUACAUGUUAGGAUGAAUAUCUGUGGAUACAGUGUGCUUUAAGAAUGUUUAACACUUCGAAUAUUUGUGUCUCCCUUUGCUUGCUUUAUAUUCUUACCAGGGACUUUGCUACAGGAAUCUGUAACAAAAUUGGUGAAAUGAUCCAAGGUAUGUAUUUGUGGUUUUAUGUUGUGUUGGUGUUUGUUUUUCAUGUAACCUAUAUUUAUAGUUGCCAGCUAGAUGUGACUUUUAUUUGGAGAUCCACAUUCUUAGUAUUUGAAUCACUGCUACCUAGUUAAUAACAGCUCUGAAAUGUUGAAAUCAUUAUGUGACCUCCUCAAUGCCAUGUUAAGGAGUCAAAUAUCAUAAUAAAGGGAAGCUAUAGUGCCCCCAUCCCUUGCACAUACAUUUUUUAUUUUUUUAAAGUCAUUUUAUGAAUAAAGAGCUACUGAGCCAUUUUAAAGCCAGUUUGCGCCCCCCUGCACACAGCAGUACAAGGUUUCAGUUUGUUUUUUUUAAAGAUUUUCAGAAAGUGGAUGUUGGAUGGGGCAGAGCGAAAUGGCUCGGGCGAGGAGAUUUUGGGGUUAAACUUUUCAUGAGUUCCUGACACCAUAGAAACGUAAUUUCUAUUAGGUUGUUAUGGUGUCUGGAGGGCUCCUUCCUGGUCUGGCAAGUAGUAAAGAGCUUGAAAUAUAUGGCCUUUUAAGAGCCUCAUAAGUUGACCAUCGGCCGUAGCCUGAAACAAAAAUAUAAUAAAUUGAAAAGUGUCACAUGAAUGCUUUCAUGCACAAUUGUGAUUUGGUUUAAAAAAAAAAAAAAAAAUUUCACUAAACUUCAGACUGUAGUAAAUUGAAAUCCAAAUGACAUUAUUGAGGCUGAGCUCUGUUAGAGGUAAAAGAAAACUUAAUGGAUCAAAACUGAAAGUAAGAUAGUGUUUCAUGAUGUUAAAUAAUCCAGGUGGUUGUAGUGUUUGAAAAAUGAUUGUCAGUAUGGUUGUUUUUUCCACAGCAUUGCUUGGUUCCAUAGAUUAUGGAAAAUCUUGUAAUUAUUGAUUACAAUCUUGUAAUUAUUCAAACCACAAGAUUGUCCAGGCAGAGUACAGACCAUAAAGAAACCUGGAUAUGUCUAGCUGUCUUACGGUCCUGCUGUUUAACACAUACUUCAUUUCAAGUGAUUAUUGCUGUUCUCUCUUAUUGUCAUGUGUAGGCUUGGCCACCCCUGUAGACUUGAAGUUGAAGCUAAUUCCAAUUCUCCAGCACAUGCACCAUGAUGCCAUUUUGGCAUCCAACAGUCGUCAACUUCUGCAGCAGUUGGUAACCUCCUAUCCUUCUACGAAGAUGGUUAUUGUAACGCUGCACACCUUUACACUGCUGGCUGCAUCUUCCUUGGUAGAUAUUCCAAAACAGGUAAUAAGAACUUUUUUUGACCUGUAAAUCUUAAACCACAAAGAAAAAGAGGGGAAACAAGUGUUUGUGUUUUGAACUUUCUGGGAGUAGUUUGAUGUGAUGCAUACUAAUAUAAUUGUACCAUAUGAUGUGGGAGGACUGCCAAGUCCUCUUAUUCUCUUGCCAUGCUUCUAUGGGUUAGAAGAGGAGUACGUUUGUCAAAGGUCUACUGUCAGAGUGUGCAGAAGUGAGGCAACAGGCUGGAAUUAUGCAAGUUAGCUCAGCAUUGUAUCAGUUUGUGCUUGGGCUGUUUGACCAUAAGCUCAUUGUUCCGCAGGUCUGGACUGGUGUUUAUGGGUGACUGUAGGGUAAGAUGAGAGAGUGCUUGUGACAUUCACGACAUUCUGGUUGUAAUUGGUGGCAAUGGAGUUUUGGGAAACAGUCUGCUAUUUAGGCUUGCUCAGAUCUCUCAGUGCUCCAUGAUGAUGUGCAGGUCAUUCUGAUGGAGGUUUCGUGGAAAAACCUCUCAGGUCGUGAACAAUGAAGCACAGAUCACAAUUAAGUGAAGGCAGACUACAGUCUUAUAAAAUCCAUAGUAUUUUUAGCACUUGACCGUAUAUAGUGUAUUGGGCCCCUGCUCCAGUCUCAAAUUUAAAAUUGGCAAAAUUUAUAAUGUACUUUAAAAGUAGAACAACUCUUUAGUUCACUAUCAAAUGUAGAUCUGGUUUCUGAGUACAUUUGCAGACCAUAAGACAAAGCUCCCUCAAUUGCCCCACUAGCAAAUUUUCUGACUCUGGAAACAACAGUGUGUUUCUGCUUACGAUUCUUCAGUGCCCCAAGGUACCCAAUUGCCUUUAAGUAAUCAAGACAUGCUCUACUUCUCGCUACUUUUGGUGGCUUUUGUUGUCAUCUGAUGUGAAAUAUUUAGCAAUUUCUCCAAACUGCACCCAUAAUAAAUUUCCAUUGCCAACUUUCUUGUGGUGCUCUCAUAUAUUUUAUUAUCACAUUAAUCCAGGCCUGGACUGGCAAUCGGGCAUACUGGGCAAAUGCCCGGUGGGACGCGAUGGCCAUGGGCCAGGCCAACAGGGGAGAUUAAAAGAUCUCCCCUGUCGGACCAUGCAGAACCAGCACUGUGUCGAGACCAAUCUCGCCACUGUGCAUUGGAGGAGCCUGGUUGCCCGCCUGCUGCCUUUAGACUAUGGCCCCAUGUUGAAACGCUUGAUUUUCCCCUAUUUGAACAGUGAUACCCCAGAUAGCUAUGCCAUGGAGCCCAUUUGUAUAACGAAAGACUGUGAAAUACUUUGGCUCCAUGGCAAUUGAUCUAUAUGUAUGUGAUCUGAGCGCCAUUCAGUAAUAAUAUGCGCUCAGAUCUAAGCUAUCUGGGGAUAUGUAUGUACCUGUUUUAUGCAAUAGCUGCACAGUUAUAUAUUUUUAUGUAUUUUAUUGUCUUUUGCUGCCAUGUGUUCAAUGGAGUUUUGCCUCUGUCCUUGGAGAUAAUUGGAUUACUUCCCAAUUAUCUCCAGGAUAGAAGACUCUGUGGAACUGGUUUGGGGCAGAAAAGCAAUGCUUCAUUUGGUCACAAAGGACUACGAUCUAUCUUUUGAACCACUGGACUAAUUUGUAUGAUUUUGACGUAUGUUUGUAUUGGAGUAUGCUGAUUCUGAAAAUUUAAGUUUUAUCUGAAUGUGAUGCAUACUUUUCAAGUUAGGAAUAACGUGGAAAAACUGUAUUUCUCUGCCUGUGAUAAUUACAUUAACCCAUUGUGUAAGGCAAUUGUAUCACAGGCAGAGGGGAGGAUUUUGUGUGGGAGUGUCUGAGUGUAUUGUACAUGUUUAUUGGUUGUUUUACAAAACCCUGUGGGUGGUACUAAUGUGUAAGAAUGUGUAUAUAAGAACAAUAAACCCACAGCUCUGGUCUGUUCCUGCUUGACCCUCAAAACGGAGCCUUGUCUCGUUCUUGGGGGGGAUUUAUUGUAUGCUGUUCCAGUUUGAUUGCUAGGAGUGUAAACCUAUUCGUAUGGUUUUUCCUAUUCGGCUGUUUACAGCAUUCGUAUGGUUCCGGUUCAGCUGUUAACGGCAUUCAUAUGGUUUCCUGUUCGGCAGAUUGGUGUCUUUGGUAGCUGCCUGUGUAUCUGUAAGGGGAAUAUCCUCUAAACGGCGUUUAACCCCUUUUAUGUCCGGGGUGCCGUUACAAGCACUAUCCGAGCACCUUCCCUGCUGUGUGCCUUCAUGGUCCGGUGGGGAGAUCAAAGAUCUCCCUCACAGGCACUGACAAGCGACCGCCAGCUGCGGAGGGAGAGGAGGACCCAGGGAGAUCUGGUUUGCAGCUCUGCCGGGUUCCUCUCGCGAGGUCGGAGCGUUGCUGCGGUUACCAUGGCAAUGCUCUGAUCUCGCGAGAGUGAAUUCUAGCCCUGCAGGCUAGAAUUCACUCUCAACACUAGGACCACCAGGAAUGGCUGCAUGGAUAAAGUGCUUUUUUAAAUUUAAAAAUAAAUAAAUAAAAAAUACAGGUAUAUAGUUACAUUAAUAUAUCCUUCCCCCCACCACACACACAGCACCCUAACACAGAUUCCCUCCCCCCUCUCACACACACGCAGCACACCUCUCACACACACAAAGCGCACUCUUGCACACUGCACCACUCGCGCGCAAACACACACAGCACCCCUCAUACACACAUUACAUUCCAGACACACACUAGAUCCCUUACACAACUCUGGAUCAUCUACACACACUAAAUCCCUAUAUAUAUUCUGAAUCCUCUAUGCACACAAACACACACUAGAUCUCCUAUUCACACUCUGGGCACUUCAAACACACAAUAGAUCACCUUCACACACACACACACACUAUAUUCCUGACAUACAAACUCUGGAUCCCCUAUGCACACACUAGAUUCCUUGUAAGCAAACACAUACUACAUUUGCUCCCUAUACGCACUCUCUCACUCUUUACAACCCCUAGCCACACAUUACCCUACAAACACCACACAACUGAAACCGACCUAUUUACGCAACAUCACACCACAAUCCGCUCUCGCUACACACAGGCAAUCCCACAAGCAGGCUCCAAACACAUGCACAAUAUUGUUUCCUGGCCCUUUUUGUCUCCUGGUAUCCCACUUAUGGAGACACCAGAGACAAGUUACAAGCAAACACAGCACAAGCAUGUUAAUAAAAAUGCAUGCGCUGCGCAGAACAAAUACAGGGCCUUUUUCUCAUGCUAGAGCUCUUCAGCAGAGCUCUGUGCAUGGUCUACCCUGCAAGAGCAUUGAACCAACAUGCUAACUUUGAGAGGGGGCAUGUUUGCCAUUGGUGAUGACAAAACACACCCCCUCCGGCCCUGCUCCCUCCUCAGUGGCGGCUGUGAUUAAAAAAAUGCCGGGCCGAAUUAUUUUUCCCAGUCCGACCCUGCAAUAAUCCCAUGUAAUGUGAACCUGUCAUGACACUGUCACCCCUGUUAAGGUUGUUUUGGCGUUGGUUUGUUUUUUACCCCAAUUUCCUUUCUUAUCUCUCCCCUUUGCUGCGUGUUUUUUUUUUUUUUUGUUUGUUUUUUUUUCAGGUCUCAAUAUACAGAUUCCAUCAUUUUGUUCAUAUGCUCUCCAAGAUGUCUAUGUGCCCUUCUGUGGUAUUCUUUUAAUUGAUCAUCUGUAAAUUAGUUUAGCAACUGAAUGGGAACUUAAACUUUGCCCAUUGUCAUAGAUCAAACUCCCCAUACAAAACCUAUAACACAAAAAAUGUGAAUUCCAAAAAAUUAAAACCAAUGGAGAAUAGAGACAAAAUAUGAUUAAUUUAACCACAUAUCCUCCUAUGGAUGUCAUUCAUCGCAAAGAUGCCAUUACAGUUACAGUCUACCACUUGCUCCAUUCUUUGAUUGAGAAGUGGGAGAAAGACCUACGUUUAAAUAGUUUUUUCUCUUACUCUGUACAUUUGUUAGUAAAACUGCUAGCACGAUAUAUAGAUUAAAUUUCCAUGCUAUUUCAAAAGAGCAUGGGUGGUUUUGGGCAUGACUGGUCCCCUUUAACAAUAUCACUUAAAAAAAUACAUUUUCCACCAUAUUUUGGCCCAAUGCAAUAAAAUAAAUACAUUUAACUUGAAGGGAUCCUCCAGACCCCUGAAGCACUUUAGCUUUUUCUGAAAUGUUUUAUAUGUGAAGAGUGUUUGUUUUCAAUAGAAUUUGGCACUUUUAUAAAUUUAAUUUGUUACACCCCUCUGGCUAUCAGGCAAUCAGUCCUGUUACUUCCUGGUUGUUUCGCUUAGUAGAGCUAAACGCAAGAGGCAGGCAAUUACCCAGAACACCUUCAUUGCAAAGACUUCUCAUUGAGCUGCAUUGGGAAGUCUGUGAUUGGACAGCCACAGAAAGUCUGGGUGGGGCUAGAAGGGGUGUGUUUGCAAAUGUUUCAGACAAGAGCAAUGCAUCAUGGGGUGCCUAAUAAUUUAAUAGGAGUUUUUAACAGUCCAGUGAGAAAAUAUAUGUAAAUGUUUGUUCUAUUUUACACACAAAUACCGCAACCACAUCCUUUUGGGACUUGGUUCGCUAAAAGGGAAAAGAAAAUUGAAUAUUUCACUCCGACCUUGAAUCAUACAUAGCUUUCCACUUUCCUUAUUCAUGAAAUCAACUCAGCUUACAUUAGUGAAUGUAAUAUUAAUGAUACAAAACAUCUUUCAAUUUCAUUCAUAAAUACACAGCCUCCUUGCAGACCAGGACAAGAUAGAGAAAGGAGCCCAAAGGAAAAAUCACAAAUGUCAAUCAGUUAUAAAAGUAUCUGUAAGCUUUUACAAGCAUGGCUUAAUUGGUUACCCUAGAGACAGGAGUCCACUUACCAGCUUUCACAUAGACACUGUGGAUUAGGAAAAUUGAUUUUAUCCUUUCACACUCAAAGCUUGUGGCAUUAAUGAAAGUUGAUUCAUGUAAAUACGGUGCCUGGCGACCAUGAAUUGAAAUAGAUUUUAAUGCUGCAGCUUCCAAGAAUCAUUAGGGACCGUAAUUCUAAACACUUAUGUAGCUAGAAGACAGUUUAUGGGAAACCAGACCAAGAUUAUUAGAAGUCAAAUUUUGUGUCCCACCUGAUAGAGCUUGUUUACGUUGCUAGUCAACAAUGGCAUCCUAUGAAGGGGUUUCUGUGCCCAAGGAGCCUGCAGAUUGACCUGGUGCUAGUCUAGAACAGGUAUCCCUUGGUUGGAAAAUGAUAUAGGCAGGACCAGUGCAUAACAGACAUAUAUCAUAUAGAAAGGAAAUUGACUGGACAACUCGUGGGGUGCAGAGCAAAUCACAGACGUCAGUAACACCCAAAGCUCAGAAGAUGGCGCUGGCAUGGAUGUUAAGAUAUCAAUGAUUUACAUUAAAUACAACAUUUAUAAUGAUUUAUGAUGUAUUCAAUAUUUUGAGGGGGCGCUUUAAGGUAAGUUGUUUUAUCCUUAACUGGUGCUCUUGAAGUUUGGGGGGUUGUUUGUUUUUAUAUAACUCCUUCCAAACUGUAGGCUCAAUUUCUUUGCAGAUUCAACUGUUGUUGCAAUAUUUAAAAAAUGACCCCAGAAGAGCAGUGAAAAGACUCGCUAUUCAGGACCUGAAGUUAUUGGCCAACAAAACCCCCCACACAUGGAGCAGAGAAAAUAUUCAGGUAUGUAAGUACGUACGUGUGUUGCCUUAUUGCAAAAUUAAAUAAUGUAACCAGGAAUGAUAUGUUUACAUUCCUCUAUUAUUCUAGUGUGUCUCAUUGGAUAUUAUUUUUGUUAUUUAAAAAUGUUAGAGUGUUGGUCAUUUGUCUCUUUCAGCUGUAUUUUUUCAUCCCUUGAUUAAUAUCAUCAUAAAAGUCUAGCGGUGUGCGUGAUUUAUAUUCUAAGUUUGUAUUUUCUUUUGCAGGCUCUCUGCGAAUGUGCACUUCAAACACCGUAUGACAGUCUGAAGCUUGGUAUGCUUACGGUUCUCUCCACUCUGUCAGGGAGCAUAGCCAUCAAACAGUUCUUCAAUGCUGUUCCAGGUAAGUCUGUAACAUGAACACCAGAUUUAAUAAAUGGCUGCAUUCACUGAAGCCAUAAUAUAUACGUUUCUUAAUGUAUGCGGAAAUGUGAACGCUUCUCAAGGACUUGCAUUUGUUGUAAUCACUUCGUUUUUUAUAGCCUACAUUAAAAAAAAAAUGUUUUCAAUUGUUGAGCAAUUAAAACGUAUAGUUAGCACUCCCAUAAUUCUUUGCUUUUUAAGUUACAUAGUUACAUAGUUACAUAGCUGAAAAGAGACUUGCGUCCAUCAAGUUCAGCCUACCUCACAUUUGUUUUUUGCUGUUGAUCCAAAAGAAGGCAAAAAACCCAGUUUGAAGCGCUUCCAAUUUUGGAACAAGCUAGGAAAAAAAUUCCUUCUUGACCCCAGAAUGGCAGUCAGAUUUAUCCUUGGAUCAAGAAGGUAUUACCCUACAUUGAAAGAUUAUAUCCUUGAAUAUUCUGUUUUUGCAAGUUUGCAUCUAGUAGCUGUUUGAACAUCUGUAUGGACUCUGAUAAAACCACUUCUUCAGGCAGAGAAUUCCACAUCCUUAUUGUUGAACAGGGGUGACCAAAAGGGUAUCCCACAACUAUUUUAGAGCUGCAGCUCCUGUGAUGCUCAUUGCAAAGCAUUUAUGGGUGUAGUUCUACAGCAGCAAGGAACCGACUUUUUGGCCACCUCGGCUUUAGCCUGUAUUAGUAUCCUUCUACUUGCUUAAAGGAACACUCCAAGCACCAUAACUACUUCGCCCCUUCCCAUACUAUUUUGACUUCAGAUGUGAGUAACUAUAUUGUGAUUUCCUUGCAAAUGAGCUAGGCACUGCACUCAAGCAGAGAAGAUGAGUCCCUCAAAUACCAAAGCUAUCAUAUGAGAAAGAUGGGUCUUGUGAAAACAGUAGUACAAGUGCUUAAUGUCAAACAUUCUGCCAGAGUAGGGUGAGUUAGCGUUUUUCCAGAUGACAUGGGACUACAUGUCACACACCUAUAAAUUCCUUUAUUAUGUGAAUCGAUCUUAGGUGGCAUCAGUUCUGUUUUGUCUAAAAUAUCUGAUGUUCUCACCCCUUUUAUAAGCAGUAAGAAGGGGUGUGAAAAUCACAGUGGAUAAAUUCAAAUCGGUAGACGACAGGUCCCAUGUAUUUUUAAUGGAUCCAGAUUGUGUGGGUAUAUGUGGUUUAGGAGCACUUUUAUUGGAAACAAAAAUAUCCCAAGCGUGAGAAAAAGCCUGUGCUACCACAUCCUUGUGGUAACCCCCGGCAGCAAAUUUCAAUCUCAUCUCUUCCAACUGUCGAGUAUUAUUAACUUGAUCAUCGUUGUUUCUAAUUACUCUAAGAAACUGUGAGAUUGGUAGGGAUUUCUUGAGUGCAAAAACUAUUGUAAUGAAGUAGUGUAUCCCUGUCAGAGGUUUUCGUACAUAAAAUAUAUCCUAGAUGGUCAUGGAAUUUGCAUACUUCAACAUCCAGAAAGCAAAAUCUUUGUAAGUCAUUAAGAUAAUGUUGGCUUGAUUAGAGAAUCCAACUGGUUGGUAUGCUCAAUCAUCUGUGUAAAUUCUGUUUUAGUGCCCCUCCAACCCAUUAAAAUGUCAUCCACAUACCUAUUGUAAGAAAUCAAUUUAUCCUUGAAUUUACCUAUAAUCCCCCCACAAAUGCAUAAAGCAAUUGGCAUAGGAGGGUGCUAUGGGCAUGCACCCAUAGUGGUCCCGGCAAUUUGAAAAUAAAAUAGUUUAUAAAAUUUGAAGUAAUUGGAUAUGAGUAGUAGCUCCAUGAAUUCUAGAAGAAAUUAAUUGAUUGUGAUUGCAUCAUCCAUGGUCCCUGUAUCCCCUCCAUAUGUGGAAUCACGGUGACAAGUACUUAAUAUCCGCAGUAUAAUAAUGGAGUCAUGUGAAAAAGAUUUGUUUAAUCUUGUUAAUGAAAUCCUGGGUAUCUUUCAGGCAGAAAGGUAAAGUAUCCACACUAGUUUUGCAAUAGUGAUCCACACAUUUAGCCAUCGGUUCAAAAAUAUUUCCACUGGUAGGCACUAUACAAACCAAAUCACAUCUGCUCGCUGUGCUAUUUUAAUAUUACCAUGUUUAUUAUUGAUUGUAAGAUGUCUGACUAUUGUGUCACCACCCAGCUGUGUGUUGGAACAAGGCUUACUAACUCUAUAUGGCUUCUUACAAAUCUCUGAGUUGUGUUACCCAAUGUCGUAACAAUGUUUCCUCACUGCUCCUGCAUGUGUCUAACACGUGUACAUCUUUUGACUAAUACUGAUCAAUGAUUUAUUAAAAAUUGCCCUAUGUAGUUCACUGAUGUAUUUUUCAUCUUUUCAUGAUGUACGUUAAAACCCAGCAUUUUUAAAUUUCCUAUUUUAUAGGGAUUGACCUUUUUCUACCAGGAUAACAUUUAUUUUAUUUUCCUUCUUAUUCUAGGCACCAAACCCAGCCCUGCAAGGUAUUCAGAUUUAAUUAAACUUGCACAGGAGUGCAGUUACCAUAGUAACCGGGGUAUUGCAGCUCAUGGUGUGACUGUUCUGACAAAUAUUGUGUCUUCCUGCCAGGAUAAAGGUGAGUUUGCAAUGAAUGUAUAAUAUGAAUUAUGUUUUUUUUUUUCCUUCCUUUCCUAAACUUAAAUUAUUUUUAAUGUUUCAUUGAUUUAAUACCAGUAUUACUCAGAUCUCCCUGCAUCUAGGUUUAAUGCAGCUGCAGCACAGCAUGUUUUUUUAAAUAACUAACUCCAGUUUAACAAUAAUGAUAUUUGCUCCGUAAUCCCACCUUUUCUUCCCCUUCUUCCGAACAUUCAACAUUUCCAAUUCUGCUCUAAAAACACUGCCAUACAUGUCAUGACUUUUGCUGUGCCAAUAAAUCACUGUUAAUAAGAUCAGCCGUGUUAAUUCAUACGUAGUAAAUUCCUGCUUAAUCCGAGCUUACUUCAGAUGCUGCAGAGCAUGUAGAUUUAUAUCACACCUCAUGUGAUUGUUUUAUUUGUAUUACUUUUAAUAUUUUUACAUUUUUAAUGCACUAUGGGGGUAGAUUCUGCCUUGAGUGUCACAUUAAAGCACCAUUAAAAUCACCCAGACCACUUCAUGUUAAUGAAGUGGUCUGGGUGCAGUGGUCCUGCCAUAAUAACCCUUCAGUGUAUAAAUAAAUUGCUGUUUUGGAGAAAUAGCAAUGUUUACAUUGAAGGGUUAAAUACACCUCUAGUGGCCAUCCUUUUCAUAGCCGCUAGAGGCAUUUCAGCCUUGGGAGCUGCGUCAAGCUCGGUCCUGCAUUCAAAUGCGGCUUAAUUGCAUUUGAUUGGAGGAGUACACUGUUUGGCUACGCAUUUGCAUCUCGUCAACCAGUGCUUCUCUCUAAGAAGCAUUUGUUUAGAUGAGAUUGCGGAAGACAUCGACCAGUGUUGUAAUGUCUACUGAGGAGUCUCCGCUCUGAUAAUGAUGUCAGUAAUCUUUUAUUAACUGAACCUGAACAGUGGUCACAGUGAUUGAAGGGAACUUAGAGUAUGGACUUUUGGUUCCCUUUAAAACACCACAUUGUGCAUAGACGAUGUGGUGUAGACUUCUGAUCAACUCCAUAACCAACAAUGGAAUGUUGUCUGUUCUUUGCUCCCCGUUACUUGUAUCUUUAAUAUGCUCCAAAUUUGCAUUGAUGGAUUUAGUGCAAUAUUUUCUUGUCAUAUAUGUUUAAUGGUGUUGAAGUUUAUUAAUCGUGCUAAUUUAACCAACUAACUAUUGAACCAUUUGUUGUGUUUUAUUGUUUUGUUUUGCAAAAUGCUGACUCUAAUUUUGCAUUUUCUUUUAUUCAGAUAAUUUGGGUCUGGAAAAAGAUGCAGUGUUUGGGCUUGAAUCACUCCUUGUCCUUUGCAGCCAAGAUAAUAGUGCAGGAGCUCAGUUAACAUUAAAGGUUUGUGUGUAAGGUUCCCUACUAAAAAGAGCACAAUCAGUUAAAACAAUUAUAGAAAUAAGGAUGUCCUAUUUUAGGUUUUAGGUAGGAGAGGCCAGAGUAGUGUAAACAUGCAUUGGGUUUAAACUGUUACCUUUUAAGUCUUCUGCAAGGUACCCUAUAAGCUUCAUUCUGGUGGGGGUUUUAAAGCUAGGGGAUGGAAGGCAAUGUUGAUAAGGUGGCAGAAGGCAGUGGGAGCAGUUUUAAUUCCCCAGUCCUUGAAACCUCCCCUUGGUAACCAGGAUUUUUGACAGCUUGCUACAGUUAGUGUGGGGAGGGGCAACAUGGAUGAUGAGGAAAAUGGGAUUACAGGGUGUCAUAGGGAAUAGACAGCAUGGCUGAUGGGGAUAGGGUAAACAGACAGCAUGGCAGAGGAUGGAAGCGGGAGGAAUAGACUCAUAGCUGAGGAUUGAGGGUGGAGGAAUAGACCCAUAGCUGAAGAUGGAGGAAUAGACCCAUAGCUGAAGAUGGAGGAAUAGACCCAUAGCUGAGGAUGGACGUGGGAGGAAUAGACCCAUAGCUGAAGAUGGCCGUGGGAGGAAUAGACCCAUAGCUGAAGAUGGAGGAAUAGACCCAUAGCUGAGGAUGGAGGUGGGAGGAAUAGACCCAUAGCUGAGGAUGGAGGUGGGAGGAAUAGACCCAUAGCUAAGGAUGGAGGUGGGAGGAAAAGACCCAUAGCUGAGGAUGGAGGUGGGAGGAAAAGACCCAUAGCUGAGGAUGGAGGUGGGAGGAAUAGACCCAUAGCUGAGGAUGGAGGUGGGAGGAAUAGACCCAUAGCUGAAGAUGGAGGAAUAGACCCAUAGCUGAAGAUGGAGGAAUAGACCCAUAGCUCAAGAUGGAGGUGGGAGGAAUAGACCCAUAGCUGAGGCUGGAGGUGGGAGGAAUAGACCCAUAGCUGAGGAUGGAGGUGGGAGGAAUAGACCCAUAGCUGAGGAUGGAGGUGGGAGGAAUAGACCCAUAGCUGGGGAUGGAGGUGGGAGGAAUAGACCCAUAGCUGAAGAUGGAGGUGGGAGGAAUAGACCCAUAGCUGAAGAUGGAGGAAUAGACCCAUAGCUGAAGAUGGAGGAAUAGACCCAUAGCUGAAGAUGGAGGAAUAGACCCAUAGCUGAAGAUGGAGGAAUAGACCCAUAGCUGAAGAUGGAGGAAUAGACACAUAGCUGAGGAUGGAGGAAUAGACACAUAGCUGAGGAUGGAGGAAAUAGGGGCAUAGACACAUGGCUAAGGAUAGAGGAAGGUGGGGUAGAAACACGGCUAAGGAUAGAGGAAGGUGGGGUAGAAACACGGCUAAGGAUAGAGGAAGGUGGGGUAGAAACACAGCUGAGGAUGGAGACAGGGGGAAAGCACAUCAAUCUUACUUGAGAAAGUAUAAAAAUGUAUAGCAUGCCUGAUGAAGGAGGUGAAUAGACACAAUGUCUUAAAAAUAGUGGUUUAGAGCUUGUAUGUGGCCUGUAGUGGGCAUGGUGCCAGGCAUUUCCACUCUCCUUACCAUGGUAGGUUUUUAAACCGUUCAUGAACAGUUUCACACCUUUUUGGCUCUGUCAGGUGCCCUUAGUUCUCCAGUCUGCACUGAUAUCCUAAAGCAUCAUACUUGAGCAUUAGCUGUAUCAAUUUUUGUGUAUUUUAUUUAUUGUCUGAGACUAUUAGGUGUAGUGAUUAAGUGAUUAGAGUUCCCUUCAAAUUAAGAAAUCCACACCACUAUAUAUAAUGCUAUCUUGGAACUCAUCACCCUAAUCUUGGCUAUGUGUUAUAAGCUCUGCCCUGUCUGAUACCUGGACACUAUAGACACCCAAACCAGCAAUGAGAGGAGAAGGAAUAGAAAUAUUGGUGCAAAAACAUAAAAGUGGAUGAAUCCUCAAUGGAAUGUGUCUUAUUGUUCCAAUAGUUUCCAUAGUGAUUGCACAACUUUUAGAACAGAGCCUCUUCGAAAAAUCUCUCCCAAUGUAUUCCUUUCUCCUCCAAUGCAAUGUGUGCCCUGGCCAUGCCAGAACUGAAUGUGAUAUCGAUUGAUACAUACUUGGAAGGACUACUAUAGUGUCAUGCAUAUAAUGACAUGCACAGCAUGCUGCUCGCACAUUAGAGCUUCCUCAUAGGAAAACAUUAAAUCACUGCUUUCCUAUGGGGAUUUUGAAGACUCUGGAUGCCUUCAUGCAAAGAGCAAGGACUUCCAACGUCAUUUCCAGGAGCAAAUCUCCUUGAGAAUGCAAGAAACACUUCUCGUGACUGUCUGGAACUGUCUCUGAAACUGCAAUGUUUUACGUUGCAAUGUUAACAGAACAGGCCCUUCACCCUGACCACUUCAAUGAGAUGUAGCGGUUGAGAAUUAGGUUUUGCUUUAAAAAGAAAUCUGUUCACAUAAGUUAAAAGUGAUUUUCAAUGUUUAUUCAAUAGUAUAAUUUUUAGUGAAAUGACAGUUCCACUUUAGGCAUGUUGCCAGAGAAGUCUUCAGAAUUGAUCAAAUAUGAAAAAUAGAGCUGUUGGAAGUACUUAAUGUGUUGUAUUUGUUUAUUCAGAUUGCUUUAUCCUGCAUGGUUAAGCUGGCAAAGAGCCGACCAUAUCUCAGCCAGUCAGUGGUGGAGUCUCUCCUAACACAGCUUCACAGCGCGCAGGAUUCUGCCAGAAUACUCAUGUGUCAUUGUCUGGCUUCUGUUGCCAUGCAACUGCCAGUCUUGGGGGACGGGAUGCUGGGAGACAUUGUGGAGCUUUACAAGUUGAUUGGACGAUCAUCUACUGACAAGCAGCAAGAACUUCUGGUAAGAAACAACGAAAAGUAAUGAUGGUUUACUUUUGGCUUUGCAUCUGUUAUUUUAUGCUAUGUUUCUACUGACACUCUGCUUCCUAUGCAAAUUUCAGUGUCAACAAAUAAGAGAAGAAGGGGAAGGUGGGUUGAUGGUAACUUAUACAAGCAGUAAUAAUUUGAGUUUAUAAAUAUUUCAGACCAGUCCCCUUCAGUGAUGACCUGCCUUUCGGUCAACAAAGGAAAAUAGGUUUCUGUUUGAACUAGAAAGUGUAAACAGAGGAGAAUUAUUUUUCUUGUUUCUCUGUGUAGGGACAUGGCCACCAAAAUGUAUGAAUUAAAAAAAUGUUACAUUUAAAAAAAAUAAAAUAUAUAUAUAUAUAUAUAUAUACACACACACAAUAACAAACCGCUUCCAACUGUUUGUAGUGCUGAAAUCACCAUGCCCCGUGUAAUAAAUAUAUUUUUCUCACUACUAAACAAUGCUGUGAGUUAAUCUGCCACAGAAAGAAGUACUGAUGGUUUAUUUAAAUUCCUGUAAUGUCAGUAUAACUAAAAGGAAAGGGUAAAAUUACCAGGAGACACAAUAAAUAUACUCACAAUGUAUGUUGCUUAUUUCAAGCACUAACUAUACAGCUCAUCUAGGUCGCAGCUUAAAAAGUACAUUGUAAAGUUGUAUGCAGGGUAAACCAGACUGUAUGUUAUUAGUGAAUGUACACAGGGUUCCAUGCAUUCACUUGUAAUGUGCCUGUUCCAUGAAUCAGAUGUUUGUGAGUAUUGCCCCCACUUCCUCAGGAAUUUCCGAAGCUAUAAAUCGUUUAGAAGAGUUCUCUGGCUGGAAUAAUGUUUUCAAAAUGUAAACAAAAGCCUACUUUAAAGUCUUAGUAGUUGAUACACAACAAGCUCUCAGUAAUGUCUUGAUUAAAAAAUGUUGGGAAAAAUAUCAAAAGGAGUGACCCAGGAGUUUUAGUGUAUCUGUGCAUCGUCCACAAAGCUAAAGACUGCUGGGUGUAACUUUGAUAAAGAGGAAAAGAAGCCAACACUUUCCUCUUUAGUACUAUAUUCUGAACAAGAGGAUAAACUCUACAUAUAGCAUAAAAUGCGUAGGAACACUCCUUGUGCCCUAUUUUCUUUUUCUUUUUUAAUUCACCCAGUCACUGGGGAUCUCUGGAUUUACCAUACAUACCAGUGGCCUUUUUGGUUGUAGAAUAUUAAAGCUGACCUUGUUAUGUUAGUAUUGUCUUUCACCUUGCAGCUAAUCUCUAUACCUUCAAUAGCCUGCACCAGGAAAACACUGUUACACACUACAUUCACUACGAACUAAUGAUGUUGAGAAAAGUGGCAUUUUGGGCUUUGAAAGUUCCAUAAUAUGUAGCUUAAAUGAGCACUAUAGGGUCAGGAACACAAACAUGUAUUCAUGACCCUGUAUGGUUAAAAGCACCAUCUAGCCACCCUGUCCCCCUCAUGCCUCCCUAAAUAUAGUAAAAUCUUACUUGUAUGCAAGUCUGCAGCUGCUUACUUUGUCCCUGUUUCCUUUAGACCUGCCUGCUGACAUCAGCAGAAGUGGUAGCCUGAUCCAAUCACAAUGCUUCCCCAUAGGAUUGGCUGAGACUGGCAAAGAGGCAGAUCAGGGGCAGAGCCAGCAUAAUUCAAACACAGCCCUGGCCAAUCAGAAUCUCCUCAUAGAGAUGAAUUCAAUCAAUGCAUUUCUAGGAAGGAUCUCUAACAGCCAUCUGAGGAGUCGCCAGUGAAGUUAUCACUAGGCUGUAAUGUAAACACUGCAUUUUCUCUGAAAAGACAGUGUUUACAGCAAAAAGCCUGAAGGUAAUGAUUCUACUCACCAGAACACAUUCAAUAAGCUGUAGUUGUUUGGGUGACUAUAGUGUCCCUUUAACUGUAGGUGACAAAUUUCCAAGUUUAUCAUUCUUUCAAGGACUUGAAGUCCCUCUCUUACUGAGUAAGGCUCCAACAAUGAGACUUUGAGACCAUAUUUUUGAGCUUCUUCGGUUAAGGUUAAGCUUUAACCUUUGGACGAGCUAACCGUGUAUAUGUUGCCAAUGAAGGCAUACUUUAGAUUUGGACCACCUUUACAGCCUGACUUGUAGGAGACCUCCAGACUCAUUUGAUCAGUCCUUAGUACAUGUGGUCUCGUGAAUACGAUAAAGUGAAGACUGACUCCGUAAUUGACCUCUAGUCCAUUCUGCAUUACACGGGUCCUAAGACGUAGUUCUGUUUUUGUAAUGUAAUCUAUAACGUGCUAUUCAGGUUUGGAACAUUAAAUCUAAUGGGUGUUGUUUUCUGUACAGGUCUGCCUGGCCACAGUUAUAUUUGUUUCAAGUCAGAAAGCCCUCUCUCCAGAAGUAAAGACCAUCAUUAAACAGCAGCUGGAAAACGUGUCCAAUGGUUGGACUGUGUAUAGGAUUGCCAGGCAAGCAUCUAGAAUGGUAAGUAGAAUGUGGCAGGAUGACACGUAAUGCCCUGUUACAAUGUAGCAUCUCCACAAAUGAAAUCAAUAGUGCUGACCUAUACACAAUAGAUCAAUAGGAACACUUCAAACACCAUAACCAUUGCAAUGACACCAGGGGUGCCCAGACAGCUAAACUGUAAAAUGGAGUUUGACUACUGAGAUCCCCUGAUCGCUGCUCCCCGCCUACACUACAGCAGACAGCUGGAAGUUCCUGCAUAGGAUCUUCUUUUAGCUCUCCUGACCUUAGCCCUACAGUGUGGGACUAGCUCAUUUCCUGAGAGUCUUCUGCACCGCUCCACUCUUUGUAGACUGGGUUGGGUUGUUUUUUGUUUCGUUUUUUUCCCUUUCACCAUUUAUAGAUACUAGGAACGAACACUUGGAUCAAUGGUUGGAACUCCUAAAGUGUAUCUGUUGCAAAUAAGUAAUGCAAUUGCAUUUUUGUAAUUUUGCAGAGUUUCUCUCUAAUUCACUCUCUUUGAUUUUGGCAGGGUAACCAUGAUAUGGCAAAGGAUCUCUAUCAGAGCCUGCUAACACAGGUGGCCUCGGAACAUUUCUACUUUUGGUUAAACAGCCUGAAGGAAUUCUCUCUGGCAGAGCAGUCUCUCACAGUGCUGGAAGAGGAUGAUUACAGCUCUGCCUUGUCGUCUAUCGCUGAUGCACUAAAAUCUUACCACAAGGGGAUUGCUUCACUUACCGUUAGUACCUUAACUUUCAUAGAUUUCAUAUAAUUUGUUUUUAGGCAUGUUCCAACUUGCACAGAGAGCGAGUGCGUUUCUAAAGCAACAUUAUUACUGCAAGAUAAUCAUAGAUUUAUUUCUAUCAUACCAUAAGAAUUUGUAUUAAGGGAGCUCUGUGUUCUGAAUCUACCUUUUCAUAUACCAUUUUAGAGCAGGGGUUCCCAAUUAAUUUUUCCCGUGGAACCCUCUGACAUAGUGUACAAACAUCGUGGAACGCCCCCAAAAAUGUUGUGUGUGUAUAUUUAUAGUAAACAGAAUGUAGUACUUGGGGGUGUGUGUUUUUAUGUGUAGAGUUGGUGUUUGUGUAUAAUUUUAGUAUUUUAAUACAUUUGUGUGUUUGUAUGUAAUGUUUGCAUUUUGGUGCAUUGCUGUGUUUGGAUGUAGUGUUGGCUUUUAAAUGCAGAUGUACAUUUGUGUGUAGUAUUGGUAUUUGAGUGAAGAGUGUCUUUGAGAGUUUGUAUAUUAUUUUGGAGUUUAAAUGCUGGGGUGUUUUUGUACGUAAUGUUUCUGUUUGCAGGGAUGUGUUUGCAUGUUGUAUUGCUGUUUCAUUGCUGGGAUAUGUGGACAUACAUACAUUCACACUGACAAAUACAUACACAAAGAUGCAAACACCUUGACAAAUACACAGACAUACAGAUACACAAACUGGCACAUUCACCCUCACUGGCACACAGAUUCGCACACAUAUACACACACUGGCACAUACACACUCUGGCACAUACACACCCAGAUACAUACACACACACUGACACACAGAUACACACGCUGGCACAUACAUACACACACACAUACACUCAUACACACACAGAUACAGACACUCAGAUACACACAGUGGCACAUUUACACACCAAUAUACUCAGGCACUGGCACACUCUCUCACUCAGAUAUGCAACCUGACAUAAAGAUACACACACUGGCACACAAAUAUAGGCACACUCAGAUACACAAAGUGACACAUAUAUACACCUUGACACACAGACACUGGCACAUACACACACUGACACAAAUAUACAAACUCUGACACACACACACACACACACACUGGCACAUAUAUACAUACACAGAUACAUACAGUGACAAAUACACACAACUUGAUAUACAAACUCUGACACACACACACAUGCACAUAUAUACACACAGUGACAAAUACACACAACUUGAUAUACACACUCUGACACAUACGCACCCAGAUACCCACACACUGGCACACACACACACACUCAGAUACACAGUGAAAAAUGCACACAACUUGAUACACACACACACACGGGUCAUGAUUUUUAUAUUUAGUGUUUUUUUUUGUGGUUGCAGGGUUAAUUUAAUAAAUUGGAAGAGAUUUUGCAACCCCAAAAUGGACUUUGAUAAAUCUCCCCUGAAUUUACACUAGCUAACUGGAUGAUGGCUGAAUUUACACUGGCUUUCUGUGGAUCCCUGGAGCUCAAUGAUGGCUAGGCAUGGAGUUCCUAUGAUCCUCAGCCAGCCACUCAGAGCCUUCCCAUUCAUGUUGUGUAUUGUGGGAGGUUUACUCACCAACCUCUCUGUCACUCACUCCUGGCCAGCACAGUGAUCCUCUGCUUGCAGCAGCUCACUCCACAAUCUUUACAUCCAGUGCAGCACUCUUAAUGCCUGGGAGGAAGUUACAGGCUGCGCUACAACUUCCGCCCAACAUCCCACACUACAGGGGCCCGGUCGUGGUCUUAAACGGCCACAGUAGCAGACCGGGCCCUUGUUCAGCAAUGCCCACUGGGUGGCCUUAAAGGACCACUAUAGUGCCAGGAAAACAAACUUAUAGGGUCUUUAGGCCCCCCUGCACCCUAAUGGUCCCACUACCGCUGUGCUGGAGGGGUUAAAACACUUACCUUUCUUCAGCGCCGGGGUAGUGAUUGACAAUUGAUUCCAGACACUAGCUGUUCUUCCAGCACAGAGAAAUCCUGUAUUUCUAGAGAUCUACUGCUAUGCUCUUAUCACCUCAUGAUCAUAAUCCAAAUUUAACAAAAAAAAACAAACACAUACAUCUUACAUGUUUUAAUCUCUUGUGCAAAUAAGAUGAGAAUCUGGACACCAGCGUCUCUUUCUUAUACCAGGUGUUUUCUCCAGAUAACCAAUAAAAUCCCAAUACACUUACAGGCCCAGUGGGAUGAGGCUCUAGAUCGCACAUUAUCAUAUAAACCGUGCAAAUAACUGUUUUAUAAAUACAGGCCCACACAGUAGCUGCUCCAGAUUGUGAAUAUACCUGAUCAAUGUUGGCAUUGCUGGGGAGCAGUAGGAUUCAUAUUUCAUCUCUGGUGGCACUGGCCAUUCAGAGUCCUACUGGAAACUAGCACAUGCUCAUAUGGGCCAGAAUUUUGGAGACCCCUUCUAUCCUCCCCCAAAGCCCUUUCUUGUAUCACAUGCAGACCUUAUUCUCUCUGUUUAAUAAAUCCUUAGUGAGACCUCCUGACAGAGCAAUGAAGGCAGAAGAUGGAAGGCAUCUGCUUCAUUGAAGCCUUGACUAUCUCUCUCAGAGAAACCACGAAAACCAUACUACCAUCUUCUUGUACCCAUAAAUCAACUACCUGGCGACAAACAUGACUUUCUUUGUUAGGUUGAUUAUGGCAUAAUUGAUGACUUUGUGAUGGCCAGGCUUGACUGGACCAGGUGUAUCCAGUCUCUUACCUAAUUCAUAUCCUUACUCUACUACAUCCUCCACUCUCCUCUAUUUUCACACAUGCCUGAAACUCGAGUCCUUAUGUAGUAGAUUCUGAGUAAACGUUUAUGUUUAAUACUUGCUAUUUUUUUAUUUAUGUAUUUUUAAACUACUGCUUAUUCACCAAGUGUGUCUCCUCAAUCAAUGUUUCUAAAUGUCAUGUACUAUUUUUAUUGUACUUUACUGGGGGGAAAAAAGCAACAUGCAAAGUCCUCAACCAAUCAGAACUUGCAAGUGCCAGAGCCGUGCUGACUAACGCCAGUAUUCUAUUGUGUGCAGUAUAGGAAAUUGUUGUUUAAAUGCUCUGAGGAUGCAGAUUCUUUACUGUGUACACAGUUAGUAAGGUAAAUUAUAAUGAUUUUAUUUAUUUUGUAAGAUUUUGCUGAAAUGUAUUUAAAAGUGAUCAGUAUGGGUUCUUCAACUUUUUUAACGUCCUGUAAAAUAUUUCCAAGAAACUAUCUGGUGUCAGUAUAAAUAACUGAAUGGUUUCUAGACUAUUACCUGAUUUUUAGUGAUAUUCGAUUUUUUGCACUGUAUGAAUUGUACACUUCACCACCUUGUUACCUUUUUUAUUUUAUUUAUUUAUUUAUUUAUUUAUUUUUUGGAUGCGGCUGAUGCAGAAGGGUGUCUUCGUUUUUCAUUGUUUCACACUGCUUAAAGAUGUGUUCAAACUUACACCUUAUCAGUAUUUGUUACCUUUUACAUGUUUUUGUUUAUUUUAGGCUGCUAGUACACCUAUGAAUCCUUUAAGUUUUCAGUGUGAAUUUGUGAAGCUGCGGAUAGAUCUCCUUCAUGCUUUCUCUCAGUUAAUCUGCACCUGUAACAGUCUGAAAACCAGCCCCCCUCCUGCCAUUGCCUCCACCAUUGCUAUGACUUCGGGCAAUGAUCUCCAGCGUUGUGGGCGCAUUUCAACCCAGGUAUUAAAACUUUAUAUUUAUUACUGUAUUGAUGGUUAUUUGCGAUCAUUUGUAAUCUCUCUAUAUCUCUUCCCCAAACUCAUCCUGACUAGAACUCCUUAUCAAAUCCCUCCAAAACUGAACAACUUCAAUUUCUUCUUUGAAACACUAAUAAUAUCUCAUUCAAGUCAGUGGUAUAAUCUUCAAUCUACCUCUCUUGCUUUGUUCAUCUGUCUCUCUAGGGCUGUUGUAGUAUACAUCUCACAUGACGCUCUGCUUGCCUUCUGGCACAGUUUACCUGACUUAAACAUAGUUCGUUAGUUAUUUGUUUGUGCUCGUCGUGUUGAAUCUUUAAAGGACCACUAUAGGCACCCAGACCACUUCAGCUCAAUAAAGUAGUCUGGGUGCCAAGUCCUUCUAGUGUUAACCCUGCAGCUGUAAACAUAGCAGUUUCAGAGAAACUACUAUGUUUACACUAGGGUUAAUGCAGCCUCUAGUGGCUGUCUCACUGACAGCCGCUAGAGGCGCUCCCGCGAUUCUUACUGUGAAAAUCACAGUUAGAAGAUGCUGGAUGUCCAUAGGAAAGCAUUGAGAAAUGCUUUCCUAUGGACUGUUUGAAUGCGCGCGUGGCUCUUGCCACGCAUGCGCAUUCAACGCUGACGUCGGCGCUGGAGAAAGGUAAGUGUUUAACCUCUUCAGCCUUCUUCUGCCCAGCGGGAGUGGGACCUUGAGGGUGGGGGGGGACCUAUAGACCCUAUAUUGCCAGGAAAACGAGUUUGUUUUCCUGGCACUAUAGCGGUCCUUUAACUUUUUUUUUUUUCUCAAAACACUUGCUGUGUACAUUGGUAGGAAAGGAGAUAUAAAUUCACCCUCUGAAUUCACAGGGACACACCAUGUUAUUAACAAAAUUUAUAUUAAAAUAAUGGUGUUUGUGUGGAUGAGUAAAUUUAACCCCUUAAGUACACAUGACAUGUGUGACAUGUCAUGAUUCCCUUUUAUUUCAGAAGUUUGGUCCUUAAGGGGUUAAAGUCUGGUUAGUCAGAUUUUACAUUUUGAGCCCUGAUUUCCUUUAAAAUUGCACUGGCAUGUAUGUGCAUCCUGCAAUAAAUAAUCUCAGCGAAAGAAAUGGUUUAUGAAAUAAACGUUGCAUGGGGGGGAGAUGGACCACAAUCAAUUCAACCUCUAGUGAUUGCAUUUCAUUUGUUAUUUGUGUAUCUAAACGUAGUUUGCUCUUUACUAUGUUAUGUAUUGCUAUUUUUCUGUUCAUUUUAUGUUGAAUGCUUUUUUAUCAAAAAGACCGGUGUGUAACAAGUUUUCCUUUUUAAACAUUUUUCUUCUAUUUGUUUAUAUUUUUUGAGGUGAAAAGAGGUUAAUGUUCAUGAUAUACAAUAUAUGUGUGGCUAUUUAAGAAGGGAACAGAUAGCAAUCACUCUUGCACCUUAAUGAGUUAACCUUAAAGGGACUCUGCAGGCCAUUUCAUCUAAUCGGAUUGGUUAUAGUGCCUGGAGUCCCUGACACUGUCCCGGACUCCAUACAGUACAACAGUUACAGUGAAUACAGUGUCCCUUGAAGGCGUAACAUAUUGGGACUCACAGGAAUACACACUUGUAGAGAUAUAGCAGAGGAAAACUUGUGAGCUGGACAGUGUAAUUAGUGGAUUUUAUGGUAAUAAAGCAGUUAAUUUCUUCUUUUUUCCAGCCAACUCAGGACCAGUCUACCAGUUGUGCUGCUUCUCUGUUAACCCAUUAUGGUCUCCCCUCUCACCUACUUGUAGUACAGCGUGCUAUUACUUUAGUCAAAGUGAGUGUAACUGGCACAUAUUUGGGCACUUUUAUUGGUUAACAGAGCACAAUGUUUGCAUUGCACUGGGCUGCACUCUGGUAAAUAGGUAGCUCUUAACGACUUCAGAAUUUGUUAUCAAAGUAUUUUCUAUAUUAUCAAACUGAUUGAAUAAUGUUUUUGUACAUUUCACACACACAAAUGUUGCUUUCCCUUGCCGUUGAAGUAUCUCACUGCUGCCAUGUUUUUAUUUGGUAGAUGAAACAGUCCAUGGAAGAAUUCAAAGAUCUUGCUACACGCUAUAGUGACCUGUAUCGGUCUUCAUUCGAUGCUGAUUCUGCUACUUUGAGGAACAUAGAAUUGCAUCCUUUUUAUUGUUUACAUCUUUCAUAUUUUAAUUGUUUUGUUGUUAUUCUGUCACCAAGACUGGAAUCGUUAUUAAACUGAAAAUGAAUCCCAUAUAACCACCAGUUUUUGUUUGAAUUAGUCAAAUAAAUCAUAAGAGAGACAGAAUAGUUUAUCAUGGAAAGAAUGGGAGACAUUUGGUUUCCCUGGAACCUGGUAAUCCACUAUUCUUUUUUUCAAAACAGUGAAUAAUAAAAUAGAAAUAUAUGGGUGUAUGGGCAUUUUAUACAUUUUUGUUUCCUUUUUUCCGAAGUACUGAUCUAAACCUAAUGUGUUGGUUUAAAAAUGAUUAGAAUACACCAGGAUACAAUAUGUGUGUAUCUUUUUCUUGCCAUAGUCCUCAUUGGUAGGUCAAAUAUUUUCAUGCAUAUAGCCGUGUUCUUCAUGUGAAUUUGUAGUGCAAUCCAGCUCUCCUUUGAGAGGGUCUGGAUUCUCCUUUGAGAGGGUCUGGAUUCUCCUUUGAGAGGGUCUGGAUUCUCCUUUGAGAGGGUCUGGAUUCUCCUUUGAGAGGGUCUGGAUUCUAAUUUUGAGAAUGUAAUGUCACCACAGUUCAACUGCAAUGUGUAUGUUGGUGAAUCCAUCCAAGAAGACACACGAAGGUCUCUGAGAUCUUCAUAAGUGCAUGCUCCAGGUAUCUAUGUUUGACAUUUCUUUUUCCUUUCAGGCUUGAACUGUUUAUGUACAAUAUAAAUCCAUAAGUAACCUAUUGUACGUGUCAAACUCGGAUCCCUCUGGAGACUUACUCCCAUUUAUUAAGUAGACACUCCGCAUACCAUAACCACUGCAACUGAAAGCACUUAUGCUACAAGCAGGUUAUAUGUGAAGUCCCUCUGGUUUUAGUUCAAUCUUUUUUCAAGCAUUUUUACAAAAACGGGAUUCCAUAACAAUGUAAGCCCAGACCUUUUAUUUAGAGACAUCAUAAUAAUGUAAAGAAGGCUUUUUAGUCGCAGCAACUCACCAUCUACCCUGUUUGUUCCGUCAGACUGGCACAAGGAGCAGUACUGAAAGUGUUAAUGAUAAAGUUUCUCAAUUCUCCCAAUAUCCCAAUACUCACAGCCUUUCGCAAUGCAAGCUUGUGCUAUAGUAAUGUUUUGAGUAGAUCAUAAAUAGAAAUAGAUUUAUUCGUUAUGUCUCCAACUGGGCAGUUGGUUUGACAGAUGCCAAAUGGACUUUACCACAGUCAAUGCAUUAGGUAAUAGUGGUCUAAGUUAUCUUAAUGGUGUUCAGAAUAAAAAAAAAAAAUCCAGGUAAGCACUGGGAAAAUAGAACGUUAUGACUUAUGUUAUUUUUCUAUUUUUUUUAUUCUUGUCUGAUUGUCUUUUUUUACAACUCAUUUCUGGGGAGAUCAGCUAAACACUGAUUUCUUCUCAUGUGAUAUAUGUAAAUUUGUAAACACACAAAUGACUCUACUAACAAACAUUGUUGGUUGUCAACGCUUACAGUGUAGAGACACAUGGCGUGAAGCUGUUCUAUGGUUGUAUUAUGCUGUUUAUAGAACAGAAACAAAGGAGGCUAAAAAAUAGAUCAGUCUUUUUAUUUGAUGUCAAAAAUGUGCUAUAUGCCUUAACUCCUCUAUUGUAACAGGCAACAACAGAGCUGCCUUUUGAUAUCCUAUACCAUUGAGGCCCUUAUUUUGGAUCCCGAAUCUUGCAGGUAAGGACUGCAUUGUUAUGUCCUCCAUUAAUAUUCAUUUUAACAACUUGUGGUCUGGGGGGAGCAAAAUGAUGUAUGACCAAAUAUUUAGAAAAAAAAAUUUCCGGCCAGCUUCAUUAUAGUUAAAACCCUUUAUAUUGUGCUUAUGGUGUUUAACAUGUCAGACAUGCUGUUAUGAAGCUUGUUUAACUCCUGGCUGUAUGGAUGGAAUAUUCAAUAUGAUGCUAUACAAUAUGCAUUCCAAAACAUUUUGACCUAUUACAACGUUGCCCCGCUGUUCACCAAAUUUAGUUUUCUUUCUUUCUACUUUUUUCGAAUGUAUAUGCAGUUUCCAGGAAUGCAGCUUUAGUGGAUCUGGUCAGGCUGACAGCGAGUACGAGAGAAAGAUGAUGUCUGUCUUUAAUCAUGUACUGGAGGAAGUGGAACUUCUCAGUAGAAAAUACCCCCCUAUCUCUUACCUGGUAAGGUCCCUGCUGGGAGUGGUUUAGUGUCAUUACACCAAAGGUCACUUGAUACUCAACCAAAGUGUAUGCCUUACAAUGUAUAGCCAAGAGGUGUGAAAUCAGUUUGACAGGCAUCGCUGUGCUUUAUAUUUGCAGUUUUAAUAUAAGCCAAUUUGAGGUGUGAAUACAUUUGAGAUACAAAUACAGUCUGUGUAGACCUGUAUAGACCUGAUCCUCUAGAUGGCCCUCUAGAGGUAAUGAAAAUACCCAGAUAAAGUGGAUAUAAGACCUGGGGAAAGAGAUGCUAUAAGAGAUGGGAGGAGGGAGUGCAGCCAGGGAUCUCUGCAUAUAAUAGCCUUUUUAUAACACCGCUGUCAAGAUGAUUUUUCAUAUACACUUUUUGACUCCUAUUUUAUUACAUAGGAAUUGAUGAACAAGAGGCUUGAAACCUGAGCAGGAUGGAAGAGCUAUAUAUAAUUACAAAGUAAUUUGUAGUACGGCUUUGCGAUAUUUUUAAUUGAAUGUUCAUAUUAUUUACAAAAGAGUCACAUGACUCAUAUAAAGUGUUUUCACAAUGCAGAAGUAGUAGUUGAUGUGUAAUUUUACAGCUAAAGUCUGUGCAAUAAGCUCUGCAUGGCAUAUCUAUACUGGUGAAUGACUAAAUGAAAUUAACAUUAAGCUCAAAUUAAAUGAGUCUUUGGGGAGAAGUAUUAUUAAUAAUAUUGUGUCUGUUAACCGCAAGUCAGCAGCUCUGAUUUACCCAAAGGCCCACGAACAGAUGUACCCAGGUAGAGCCCUUGGGAUACUGUCAAGGGAACGUUUACCAGUUUUAAUUAUUACGUUAAUAACAAGAUUUUACAGUGUUUAACGGUGUCACGCUGGGCAGAAAUGACGGUGUUUGUGCAUAGUAAUACUCCGAUAUCUGAUCAUUAGAAAGUAGUCCCACUAAUACUAGAACACUUUCAGUUUGCAGUCUGUGUGUUUGGGCACUGGGACUAAAGCUCCUUCAAGUGGCAAUUAUGGUUAUAGGUGGGUGUAGGUAUUUAAUCCAACAUUAUAAUUUUUUCCUCUGGCAGAGAAUGGUCCGAUAUUUUAUGUAAUUGGCAACAUACAAGUAAAACAUGUUUACUCGGUAAUGGCUGGUAAAUCUGCAUGCGACAGUAUGCUCCAAACUUUUAUAGGUGGGCUAGCCACCUAAAUGGUGGGUUUAGCACUAUUGGGUCAGGAAUACAUGUUUGUGUUCCUGACCCUAUAGUGAUCCUUUAAGAAUAUAAAGUUGUGUUGAUGAUAUAGUCUGCAGAUGUCUUUGUGAAUGUUCUAGGGCAACUAAAGUUGAUACAGUGUUGCUUUAUCCAUGCACUUGUUGGCAAGGCAGCCUCAGCAAUGUGCACCUGUAUAAGGCACUAUUAUAUCACCUUCAGUUGCCUUUGUGCAAAUUGCUGUGUUGCUAUGGCAACACCCUUAUCCGUGUAUCAGCUUUCUCUCCACGUAAACAGCCAAAGAGCGAUUCAUGAUUAAAAAAAAAAAAAAAAUAGAUUGAGGAGCAGACUGCAGUUAUUUAGGCAGUUUGCUUGUUUUCCCCAAAUUAAUUAAUAAUUGAAUGUUUGUUUUUCCAGCACACCUCUUGCCUCUGCAACGCAGCCAUCAGCCUGUUAAAAGUCCCCCUUUCAUUUCAGAGGUACUUUUUCCAGAAACUGCAGUCCACCAGUAUCAAGGUAAGCAGACUGAAAUGGCUUUCCACAUGCUCAUAUAACAAAGCAAGUGUCUGAAUGCUGUUCCUGGCCAAGAAUGAGAUUUUCUAUAUAUAUGUAAAUGGAGAAAGCGAGGCUGCAUAUUGUGUUAGGGGUUCUUUAACCUAUUCUCUUAUCACUUGAGAUUGAAAAUUGUUCUCUAAAUUGGAAUCUUUUCUUGCUUCUUUCACUGAGGAAAGUGGAAGAGCCCUUAUUGUAUCACUUUCGACGAGAAUUUCCCUUACCGUAUACAUACCGGUAAUUCGUUAAAUGCAGACGGACUCCUUGCUUCAACCUAGAGUGUGAAGACAUGGAUUUAAUUGCCAGAUGUUGUGGGUGAAAUAUCACACCUCGCAUUAUCGGACAGACCUCUCUGUCAGCUAGACAAUAAAAAAAAAAAAUAAACUUGAUAAAUACUUUUCUAUUCAUGGGGAACCAUAUGUAAGCAAUCUUAUAUCAUCCUUACAAGGCUCUUUGAUUGCAAAAGCUUUAGUGGGAUUUAUUCAUCAGUAUUUUCUGUUGCAGACCCUUGUUGACCGGAUCUUUCUUACCUCCUGGCUGCUAAUUUAUGGAUGCGUUUUGUUACACAGAAUAAUGUACAAAUAGUUCCAGAAUAGUAUUAAAGGGCCUUGCAGCUGACAACAUACUAUCUAGUACAUUCUGAGUUACGGUCUUCAGACUCCUUUUUUAUUUAUGCUGAGUCUGCUUUUAAGAGUCUUCAUUACCAUCGUGUCCAUAUUCUGCAGAUUAUAUUUUUCUCUCACUGUGCACUUAGAUCCCCCUGAGAUUCUUCUGUCUGUUUAAUACUAUUCUGUCAUCUCAGUCUCCAGCCUGGUGCAAUCCUUAUACAAAAUAAUCUAAAAAUACUAGGAAAUAAAUGUAUUUUACUUUGUGUGAAAAUCUGUAUUUUUACAGUAUGACUGGUUCUCGAAUGAACGAAAAUGAAUAAGUUAGAAUGGUGACUGAUAUGAACAGAGAGUUGUAAUGAGGUCAAUGUGCGAUGAUCAGUUUUACUUACCUUGUUGAAAACCUAUAAUGGUACAGUGUACCAUAGCUAAUACCAGCACUAGUGUCGUCAUAGAGAAAAAUCAUACUUGUCCUCAUAUUUAACCCCUUAAGGACCAAACUUCUGGAAUAAAAGGGAAUCAUGACAUGUCACACAUGUCAUGUGUCCUUAAGGGGUUAAUAUUUAAAAAUAUAUAUUUAAUUACAGUUAAAGGGACACUAUAGGCACACAGAAGACUUCAGUUUAUUGAAGUGAUCUGGGUGCAGUGUCCCAGUCGCCUUAACCCUGCAAUUGUAAUUAUUAGUUUCUGAGAAACUGCAAUCAUUACAUUGCAGUGUUAAGACUAUCUGUAGUGGCUGUCAAUCAGACACUGAGAAUGUCAAGCAAAACUCAAAUGUGCUCACAGCAUUCUUGGCACAUGCACAUUAGCGUCCCCCGUCGAUUGACUUCAAAGGAGGUGGAGUAAGGGUGUUUUAACUAGGGAUCGACUGAUAUUGAUUUUUUUUAGAGCCAAUACCGAUAAUCUAUGAAUUUUCAGGCCAAUAGCUUACCGAUGUUCUGUACACUUACCGUAUUUUUUUAUUAAGUGGUAAGGAGAAGGGGAGGAGGAGAGACCACUAAGGGACACUGGGUGGGAGUACAGACCACUAAGGGACACGUGGGGUGGGGAGGGGAGAUCGCCAAGGGAUGGGAGAGCACUAAAGGACAGCAGGGGCUGGGAGAGCACUAAGGGACAGGAGAGGAUGGGAGACCUCUGAGGGACAGGGGGAGAAGGUGAGUUGAGACCACUAAGGGAUGAUGGAAGUGGUAGAGAUCAUUAAGGGACAGGAUACUAAAAGACACACCGGCUGAGGAAGGGGUGAAAGAGAAGCACAGAAGGGCUGGUAGGGGAGACGGAGACAUACAGAGUCACUUGUGAGGGAGACACACACAGGGGCCUGGAGGAAAAGACACACAAAGGGACUUGGGGGAGUAAGACACAUAGAGGGGUUGGGAGGAUGUAGGAGACAUACAAAGAGGGGAGGGGAUAAGAGAUACACAAAACUUAAAAAAUAUAUACAAAAAAAUUAUAUUAACAAAGUAAAUAUUGUAAAAAUAAAAAAACUGCUCCCCCCUCAGCCCCUACCCUACCCCAUAAACCCUCUCUUUCACACUACACACAUACACAAUGCAUCAUUACACAUACGCAGAAACAUACGUGCACAGAAUGCAUCCCUACUCUCACACACACACACACACACACUGAAACAUACAAUGCAUCCCUUACACAUACAAACACAGAUCCACACAAUGCAUCCCUUACACACACACACCCAGAAAUACACAAGGCAUUCUUUACACACAAACACACACUGCAUUCCCUAUACACACCCACUACAUCCCUUACACAAAUUGGUAUCCCUAUACAUUACAUUCCAUAAGAACACACACACGUUACAUCCUCUAUUAUAACACAUAACAUAUCCCGUACACACAUACACUCCACUCCCUGUGAGCGAACUUAUGUGUGGGCCAUGUAGGUGGACUUAUGGGCAGGCCUUGUAGGCAUACUCACGGUCAGCCCUGGGGACCCAGACCGUGAUCUGUGUAAGUGGCCCCAAAAAAUGGAGCUGCUUCCUGUUCAUUUUUUUUUUUUGUGUGAGCACUGCCUCCAGAGAGCCUGUUUUAAAACCAGACCAGUGGAGCCAGACUGCAGCCUGAGCCCAUCAUCAUCCUCUUGUCCUCAUCAGUAUAUUAUUAGUGGCACUAAUUGCUAAUUUACCUCACGUUAAAGGGCCAAUAUAGUCACCAGAACCAUCUACAGCUUGAUGUAGUGGUUCUGGUGUCUAUAGCCUAUCCCUGCAGGCCUUUUAAUGUAAACACACACUGUGUGCAGCACUGGCGUUAGUUCAUAUGGCAGAUCAUAUGGGUGGGGCUGCAAAUAUUUGUUGGGGCUGCAAAUAUUUGUUUGCUUAGGGCGGCAAAAAUCCUUGCACCGGCCCUGGUAGUGGAUUUGUUUGUGUAAUGGAUGCAGUGUUUGUGUGUGCUUGUGUAGUCGAUGCAGUGUGGGUAGUAGAUGCAGUGUGUGUGUUUGUGUUGUUAGUGGAUGCAGUGUGUUUGUGUGUAAAUAUGUGCGAUAGGAACUCCCCUACAGAAGUUCCUGUACCGCGUUGCGCUCUGCCACGCUGCCCUAAGGUGGCCGCUUGUGCCGCCUUAUGGAUGCGCCGGCCCACCCAUUCAUUAUUGGUAUUAUCGGUCGAUACCGAUAUUUACAAAAAAAAUAAAAAUUUUCAAGUUUAGAUGUUAUAAUUACCCACCUGAAUGGUACUCCUUUUAUCAACCUUUGAAUCAAGCAUGUGACUCUGAGAUAUCACACGUGGCUGCCGUAUCAACUUUUCUAUCAUAAAUGAUAGUUCAAGAACCUGUGCCACACCUGGGAUCAUUUACUUGUUUCUCUGAAACCCCUCAAACAAGCUUUUGCCGAUAUAUCCUGCUUGUUUUCCUUAUAAAUGUCAUUUACAGAGCUUCUGUUUAGCCGUGACAUUGCCAUCAAUCUUCACUUAUUCCUACUCCCUGGCGUUUCCUCUCUACUUCAUUAGUACAUCGGACAUUUCCAACUCUGCUGAAACAUUCUUCAGAUCAAAAGAAGAGACUCUGACACUAUUUAUGAACAGACUACAUGUCUAAUAAUAUAAUACAAACCUUACACUAUGAGCCUGGAUUGAAUCAGGAAUAUACUUCAUUCUUGUAUGAACUCUUUCAUUGAUUUUGACUGGAUUAAUAAGAAAGGAAUGUUUAAAAAAAAAAAUUGAAAAUCACACGUGAACAUUCCAGCCUGCAUUUUAAUCAGCAAAUCAAUUUGUAAAAAUUUUCAUGCUUCGGGUAAAAUGAUGACACGAAAUCCAGAGUUUGGUUUUCAUAUUUCUCCUGAAAAUGGCAUAAUGCCAGUCACUUAUGUUGAAUGUUCUACCCUUCAUGAAAAGUCUACACUCAGGAAUCACAUGGAUCUCUGUUACUGAGAAACAUUCUCAUUAUUACUUGACAUUGUCCGUAGUAACCAGGCCAUUUUUCCUGGAUUUCAACUUUCUGUGUCCGCAGAAUAAUUCCUAAUACAUUUGAACAGGAAAUCUAAUUUACAUUAUGCUAUCUAUUUAUGAAACAUCCCUAAAGGAUACCUUCUGUAAAUGUUGUGCCAGCCUCCAGUAUGCUCACACGGAUGUGCAGUGAAAAUUACGGAAAAUACCAAGAAACCUCUGCAGCUGCAUUUGUUACAGCUACCCACAGUGUUUGUGUGCUGUAGGCAGAAUGGGACUUUCAGGAAUGUUUAUUGUUGAUCCCUUUUUUUUUCUGGUAUUGGAUUUACCCAUGAAACGAUGAGUUUGGUAAGAUGACACAUUAAUUGCUCAGUUGUAAUGAGAUGGAAAUCAUUCCUAAAUUCUGCAUGCCAUUUCUCAGCUUCGUUACCAAUUUGUUGUUUAGUGAAUCAAACCAAUACUCUUUUCAAACUAGAAGCAUAAAAAGCACCACUAUGUAGUGCCUGCUAGAUUGCAUAGUAGGUAUAUGUAAUAUGUAUAAUAACCUUGUGUAUAUGGACUACUUGUGGGUGGAUCAAAAACACAUUGCUUUUGUUUAUUUUGUAUUUCGUGUAGAAAUUCCUCUUUCAACAUGAGUGUAAGGGGUGGGGGGGGGGGGUGUAUUAUGGGAAUAUAAUGCCAUGUUUUAUGGAUGCUUUGUAGAUACGCAGAUGGCAUUAUUUUCCUGACAUACCUCUUCAGCUUUUUUUAUUUAUUUUUUUUGUCUUACCUGAUUUUUAAUUUGUUCCCUGCCAGCUAAUGGUAAUUAAUGUUUCUCCUUUUCAGCUUGCCCUGUCCCCAUCUCCACGCAAUCCUGCAGAGCCAAUCCCUGUACAGAGCAAUCAACAAUUGGCCUUAAAAGUAGAAGGUGUGGUGCAGCAUGGCACCAAACCGGGUAUGUUCCGGAAGAUCCAGUCCGUCUGCCUCAAUGUUUCAUCUUCCCUGCAGAGUAAACCUGGCCAGGAUUAUAAGGUACGCGCAGUCAAAUUAUUAUUAUUUUAUUAUUUAUAUAGCGCCAGCAAAUUCCAUAGCGUUAUACAAUGGGGUAGUUUUAUAUUUUGUUUGUGGCAUGCAACAUUUGCCUAAUUGAAUACCAAUUAGUUUGUGUUUUAUGUGUCUUCCACAGUAAAAACCACAUAAAACACGGCUUAAACAGUAAAAGUUUUUCAGAUGGUUCUUAGAAUCUUUGUAACUCUGUAGUAUUGCAAUGCUAACUAAAUGGUCCUUCCUUGUAUCAAUUUAAAUAGUUCAACAAAUUGGUGUGUUUUUUUUCUAACCAGACUGUAAUUACCACCUAAAGGCCUUACAGUUUUUCAUUUCGGACACUGUCACCUUGGAAAUUAAUUACUAUAUUCAAACCCUUAGGAAACGUGAGUGAUAAGGAAAACAAGGCUGCAAAAGCCAAUCAGAAUGUGUGAUUUGUUCAGUAGCUCCCAGCAUCCCGCUGUGCAUCAUGGGUUAUUAAAAAAUGCUAACUAUUUAAAUGACAUCCAAAGAAUGUAUGAAGGAUCAGGCUCUCAUUUACGAAAUCUAGCUACAUUUUCUAUUGGAAUAUAGAUUCUGUCAAUCUAGUCCAUGUUAAAUACAAGAGUUAGAAAUUUUUUCUCUGGUUUCCAAAAUGCUGAAUAGAAUUAUUAAAAUAAUCCGUGCAAGGUGUAGGCCGUUUUUAAAGGGCUUUAGGAUGGUGUAAAAGAAAUUCCGAUUACAGAAACGGAUAACCAGUGCCGUAAGAUUAUUACAUUGUAACACUUUACAGAGGACAUACUUUCAUCAAUGCAUUGUGCUAGUCUGUGUGGGCUGCACAAAACAUUGUGUGUUCAUAUACUUUGACCACAAACCUUUAUUUUUGAAUAUUACUGAAAAAGUACAUUUGCCUUUAAAUUUGUGAAUGAUAAGUCCACUUCAAGUGUGCUUUUUAUAAAGUCAUUGGUAACUGAUGUACUAGAAUAAAAUAUGUAGGGACUUUUAAAAUUAUUUGCUGAUAGCAAAUUCAUACUUCAUGUUUGGUCCCUUGGUGAUAACAGAGAUCAGCUGGAACACCAUUGAAUGUCAUAACCUGUGAGUGGUACAUAUUUAGCCAAAGUGUUUACUGGUUUUGUAACACUAUAUUUAGUCUUGGUCUGCUCACAUAGUUCAAAUUUAGAGAUCUGAUGCUGACCCUGAAUACUGUUUAAUUGCUAAAUACUAAUGUGAGAAUUAUUAGACUUUUAGUGAACAUCGAAGUAUGUCAUUAUGGGGGUUUGCAUACAUCAUUCGCAUCCAGUUGUGUUUGUAACAAGCCAGAAAAUAAGCAGAAUACAGAUAAACCUUCUGCUAAUGAUUAACCCCUUAAGGACCAAACUUCUGGAAUAAAAGGGAAUCAUGACAUGUCACACGUCAUGUGUCCUUAAGGGGUUAAAUGUUUCAGAUAAGGUGGCGGUUUUGUAUUUUUUUUUAUUUUUGUUUUAGGUUUUUGUUUUAUUGUAGCAGCUUGAGUAGGGUUUUAUCAUUUGGGUGGUAGAAGUGUGAAAUAAAUAUAUUGUUGAUUGUGAUGUUUUAAAAUUCACAAUAUUCUAGAGUGAAUGCAAUAUUGUAUAUUUUACAUAUACAGUUAUGUACAUUUUUCUAAUUCUGUGCAGAUAAUUACUUGCAAAAACGUUUUAUAUCUAGAUUCCUACAGAGGGUGUACGGAGUGAAAUGGAGCAGAGAGUGGAGCCUCACAAUGAUUACUUCAGCACCCAGUUCCUACUGAACUUCUCUGUGUUGGGAACACACCAGAUCACCGUGGAGUCAUCUGUGAUUGACUGUAAUGGGAUCCUCUGGAAGACUGGCCCAAAGAGUAUGAUUAUAGUUAAAUCAUUGGAAGAUCCUUAUUCACAGCAGAUUCGCUUACAGCAGCAACAGCAACAACAGCAGCCUCAACAACCAGUGCAACAGCAAAGAAACGCCUACUCUCGGUUUUAAUACCUUAAAGUGCUGUCGCCUCAAAGUUAAAUCCUGUUAAAUAUAAAUAUAUCUCUUUUUAAAAAUUAUAAUUGGAUGACUGUGAAAUUAAAUUUUUUAUAUAAGUUCAGUGUCUGUGUUGUGUGUUUAUUUCUUUUUAUGUAAGAAUAUAGCCAAUCACAGCUGUCCUACGCUAUGACUGAUAGCUGAUGUUCGGCAGCAGCAGUGCAUCCCAGAAUCCUUUGGAACUGGGCUAUGUCGAUGGGCUGUCUGAUCACCCAUGGAACCACUCACAGCCCUAUAGCUUUCCCCUUUGUCAAGGCCUCCUCCCGCGGCGCUGAAGGGGUUAUUAACCCCUUCAGUCACUUACCCGGGUCCAGCCCAGCUGUCCCUCGGCGCUGGUCAGUUCCGCCCACAUUCCUCCCCUGCCGACGUCUGCCGGGAGGGGAGACCUAAUGCGCAUGCACGCCAAUGGCCGCACUCGCAUUAAGAUCUCCCCAUAGGAAAGCAUUAUUCAAUGCUUUCCUAUGGGGAUUCUGGCGACGCUGGAAGUCCUCAUUCAUAGCGUGGGCAGCACACAUCAACUGUCAGACAUAGGCUAAUUAAUCUGUCUACUCGGUAACACCUUCCAUGCCUCGGUUUAGGCUCACUCUGCUGUAUUAUUUUUGGACAGUUCUGUCUAUAGUUAUCUCUUCUUUGACACACAAUUCUGUGGCUGACACCCGGUGGUAAUCAUAUUUGUUAUUAUCUCAUGAUUUUAGCUUGAUUCUCAUAAUCUAGUUAUUUACUUUGGCUAUGCUUGUCAUUAUUUGUGGCAGUCAAUAUCAGUGCCUAGGAAAUGCAAUUGCUUUAACAGAACCUAUUUCAUUAUUACCCUUAUGAACGGUAUAUAUUUUCAUCAUUAUUUUUCCUGUUAUAUUUUUAAAAAGUGCUGUAUCUCUGAUAUUUUCCGACAAUCUUGCUUUUAACCUCAUGGUCUUUUUCAUUUAAAAAUGUCACUGUAAUCCUGUUAACUAACCUAUGCACUGCAAAAAUAAAUAAUAAUAAAAAAAGUAACCUGCUAACCCUAGCCAGUAAUUAUUGCCAUUUAUAAAAAACUCUAGGGUUAAGGGUGAUGGGAGUUGGCUCCCAGACCACUUAAAUGAGCUGAAGUGGUCUGAGUGCCUACAGUGUCCCUUUAAGGCAAUUUGAUUACUGUGAUUGUGCAGCUGGAUCAACCUUAGAAAGAGUUCAUUGUUAUGGUUAGAUGGUGUUAGAAAUGGAAUUCGUUUUUUUUUUAUAUUCUUUAUUUUUGAUGUGCAAGUUAUAACAAACUGGCCCUUGGUGCCACAACAGCAGUCCAGGGCUAAACAUUGAUAAAUAUUUUCAGCGUGGCUAACAAUAGUUCUGCACAUUUUUAUAUAUGUAUAAGUUAGAUAGCAUUUGGUCUAAUGGGGUAUGUGUGCCAUAACAAAGCUAAUGUGUAUCUGUUAAGCCGGGCAUACCAAUAGAGUAUAGUUAUGAUAAUAGAGGAUUACAAUCUUAGUCGUGGGUAAGAAUAAGGCAAAGUAAAUUUAACUUGUGUGUCAUACCUGCAGAUAUAGUUUCUCGCUAGUAUAUGAUGUCAGAGCCACAUUGCUAAUCUGCUAGGUCUGUAUUACGGGUGUUCGUCAGUGUCGCAAGAUCUAUUGCUGGAUCUAGGGGUGCAGCGCCAGGCUAAGGGGCUGCUUGUGUUGUUCAGUAAGUGGUUCAAUCGCUAAUGCGAUUUGUGGGGGGUAUUAGUAUGCGGUCAGGUGACCGCUCUAUGAGAGUGUAGAUGGGUUGCUGAACUUUCAGUUAAACCUAGUGUGUAUAAGAACUGGUAAAACCUAGUUAUAUAACUGAUGGCGAGUUAGGGUAACUGUGGGUGGUAAGCAUAACAUGACCCAAUCAAGAGUUCAGGUGGUGACCAAUGCGGUCUGUGCCGGAGGAGGUUUCCUUGGAACAAAUGCGGUCACUUUCGCCGGGUCCCAGCGUUGGUUUGUAGGUUCAAUCCUUUGAGGUCCUCCUGGAGGCAGUGAGUCCAUCGGGAGUCCCAGUGUGGGCAAUAGAGUCCUUGCUUCCAUGAUGUCAUGGACUGCGUGCCGGGCCUCGCCGUGGAGGAUCAGUAGGGUACGUGACAGCUGCCAGCGGUAUUGAAUGCCUUUCAGUCGGAGGAGAGCGGUGAAUGGUUUGAAGGACCUCCGCCACGCCAAGGUGCCUCCCGAGAGAUCUGGGUAAAUGGUAAGUUGCAUACCCUUGAAGUUGUAGAGGUCCUGGUCCUUGAUAGCUGUGAGUAUUGCCGCUUUGUCCCUACCAUUGCGGAAGUGGACUAUUAGGUCUCUCGAUGCUCCUGUAGGGGCUUUUGGUGCUUUUGGGAUGCGAAAACAGUCCUCCAUAGAUAUAGAUUUGGCCUGUCGUGGGGAGAGUAACGCCACCAUGAGAUGCCUCAGCAUGUGUGGCAGUUCCUCUGUGGGUAUGGCCUCCGCAUGUCUUCCAUUAUCGCAAAUUUAUUGUCGUAUGUUUCGUUUUGUUUCUGGAGCCCCAGAAUUGUUUGCUGCAUAGUGGCAAGUUGUUGAGCGUGCUCCCCUGUGGCGGAUUCCACAGUUCCGAUACGGCUCGUCAGGCCUCGGAGGUCAGCGCGCAGGUUUGCCACAUCUGCCAGGAUAUUGUUUUGUAAGUCUGCCAGCAGGCUUUUAAGCACCGCUGUUGUCACUGGGUCUUUCCCUGGGCCAACCGUUUUUGCGGCUGGUGCUGGUCUAGCCGGUAUUUCGUCCUCGUCCAGAUACAGUUCGUCAGACAGGUCGGAAUAGGCCUCAGGGUAGUCGGCCAUUUUGGGCCCGCUGGCCUGUUGUGCUUGUCUCAGGAGCACACCAAUGUCGUGGCUCAACCGGGAUUUGUUGGGCUUUAUCUUUUUAUUCUUCCGACCCAUAUUGUGGUGCAAGUCUAUCUCCUGCUUCCACGGUCGUCUUGUGGUAUCUCGGAGCUCUCGGCCAUGCGGCCCAAUCGCUUGGCCACGCCCCCGGCAUUAAUGUUUUAAUUCAUGUUGGUGACACAUACAGAUCAGGGAUCUGAAACCAGCGAUGAAAUAAUUAAAUGAAAAGACUCAAAAAUGCCUCAUAUAAAAUUGCCCAAGUUCUUUUCUUUUACAUAACAACCUAUACCAUGGUUGGGUUAAAGUCCAGUUGAGGGCUAAUAUUUGGUAUCAAAAGUUACAAUGACCCAAAUAAAUCAAUCGAUUCAAUUUUGGUUUUUUAAUUUGGUAUUGAUGUACUCAGGAGCAGUAGCAGAAUACAAGUCUUGGCUCUGUACAGUAGCAGGACACAAGGUCUUUACCCACAAAAAUAUAAAGUGUGAAAAUUAGAUUUGUGCACAAAGAUGUUUCUGGCAGUAUAAACAAAUAGAAUUUUAAUCUUCACCUGAACAAAUUGAUACGUCUUGGACAUAUUAAUUUGUUUUGGACAUAAGCCAAAAGGAAUUUGAUUUGUUCGCACAAGUCUAGUGAAAACCCCAAAAAAAUGACUUUAAUUAAAUAUAAUCAACAGACUUGGCAGAGGUUGGUUAAAUAAAAAGUGUCAACAUGCUCUUAAUUACCUUCAGGGGGUCUAAUUUCUAUAAAUAUAUACUCUUGUGUAGCGGUUUUGGAUUCAUUCACUGCUAUUAAAGCAGUAGUCAGCAGAUUAAAUUUUGCAAAUGUUUAUUUUUUUAAACCAUAAUUCACUUGUUGCAAUAUUUGUCCAAUAACUAACAAAAAUGGCAUUUUAGCAAUCAAGACUUGUAAAGUAAAUCAAUUUUAGUUUGCACAAGUUGUGUAGACAUUAUAAGCAAAACAAUUAAAAAAAUAAAUUAAAUGUAUUUUUGUUUCCCCUUAUUUGUUAAAGGGACCCUAAGGGCACCCAGGCUUCAGCUGAUUGAAGUGGACUGGAUGCAAUGUCCAGUUCCAGAGAAACUGCAAUAAUUACAUAGCAGGAUUAAGACUAUCUCUAGUGGCUGGCAAUCACAUAACUAACAAAAAUAAUUGAAACCCUUUUCUAUGGGGUGGGCCUAAUGCGCUUGCCACACAUGCGCACCAGCCCCACAUCGAAAGGGGCAGAGUGCCGAGGAAGAUCGGUGCUGGAAUCGGGUGAGUACAGCAAGGGUUUGUAAAUCCUUUCUGAGCCAGGGGGGUGUGCCACGAGGGAGGGGGGUAGGGGGCAGGGGAAACAAUAGUGUAAGGAAUACAGGUUUGUAUUCCUACACUAUAGAAUCCUUAAAAUAUUUUAUUUAUAUGUAUGUAAUGUUGUACUAUGUGUACAUACAAACAUAAGUGAACGAAAGCUCUCUCUGUCCUUCAAACAGUGAUAAAUAGUGUGUGAGUGCAUUUAAUUGGUAAGUGGCAAGCUACAGUGCGAAAAAUGUGUGCCAAAAGUAAUGUUUGCGAAUGGCCUCAGUAACUGUAAAACACCCUUAAAGAUACACUCCACUGCCCAAAUAAACAUAAUCACUUUUUAGUAGAUGUACUCCAAUGAAAAUAUGCAUGUAUAUAAUUACGCAUUUUUAGAUUGGGAUUGUAUCUUAAAACAGCUUCUAUUCCAGCCCAGACCUUCUAUGUGUUGGGGACCAGGAACCAGACAGAGACAGAAUGUAGAUGCAAAACACCUUUAUUAAAUAGCAAAUAAUCAAUAAACAUAAACCAAAAGCAAAGUCCAGGAGGCAAGCAGGGGUCAGGCACCAAAACAGGUAGUCAGACGAGCCAGGAUCAGGAGAACUGAGAGCAGCGGAGUCAGGAACAAGGCCAGAAGUCAGGAAACAGGGAGUCUUCCGGGAAACGGGAAACCACGUAAGGGCAAGGAGGUACUGGAACUUGCUGCUUAAAGGGACACUAUAGUCACCAGAACUACAGCUUAUUGAAUUUGUUCUGGUGAGUAGAAUCAUUACCUUCAGGCUUUUUUCUGCAAACACUGUCUUUUCAGAGAAAAUGCAGUGUUUACAUUACAGCCUAGUGAUAACUUCACUGGCCACUCCUCAGAUGGCUGUUAGAGAUUCUUCCUGGGUCAUGGCUGCCUAAAAUGCAUCCAAACAUUCUGUGUCUCCUCCCUCUGCAUGCAGACACUGAGGAGAUGCUGAUUGGCCAGGGCUGUGUUUGAAUUGUGCUGGCUCUGCCCCGGUCUGCCUUAUUGUCAGUCUCAGCCAAUCCUAUGGGGAAGAACUAUGAUUGGAUCAGGCCACCACUUCUGAUGAUGUCAGCAGGCAGUGAGCAGGUCUAAAGGAAACCGAGACAAAGCCAGCAGCUUCAGGCUUGAAUACAAGUAAGAUUUUACUAUAUUUAGGGAGGCAUGAGGGGGUCAGGGUGGCUAGAUGGUGGUUUUUACCCCAUAGGGUCAGGAAUUCAUGUUUGUGUUCCUGACCCUAUAGUGCUCCUUUAAAUAGGCUGCACUGAUUAGCAGCAGGGCUGGUUACUACAAUCAGGUGAGUAACCGUGCCAACAUUAAUGAAGGAGCUGAUUGUUAAAGGACCACUCUAGGCACCCAGACCACUUCAGCUUAAUGAAGUGGUCUGGCUGCCGGGUCCAGCUAGGGUUAACCCAUUUUUUCAUAAACAUAGCAGUUUCAGAGAAACUGCUAUGUUUGUGAAUGGGUUAAGCCUUCCCCUAUUUCCUCUAGUGGCUGUCUCAUUGACAGCCACUAGAGGCGCUUGUGUGAUUCUCACUGUGAUUUUCACAGUGAGAGCACGCCAGUGUCCAUAGGAAAGCAUUAUGAAUGCUUUCCUAUGUGACCGGCUGAAUGCGCACGCGCAUUCAGCCGACGGGGAGGAGAAGAGGAGGAUCGGAGGAGGAGAGCUCUCCGCCCAGCGCUGGAAAAAGGUAAGUUUUAUCCCCUUUCCAGAGCCGGGCGGGAGGUGGACCCUGAGGGUGGGGGCACCCUCAGGGCACUCUAGUGCCAGGAAAACGAGUAUGUUUUCCUGGCACUAUAGUGGUCCUUUAAAAUCAGCUGAAAGCUCAGACACAGAGAAAGGAAGGGUUGCUAAGAAACAUUGACACUAUGGCUGUCCAAUCACAAACUGCCCAAUGCAGCUCAAUGAGAAUUCUUUGUAAGGCAGAUGCUCUGCAAUUAUCUUCCUCAUGUGUUUAGCUCCACUGAGCUAACCAAACCAGGAAGUAACUUCACCGGUUGUCUGUUUGAAUGCCAGGGAGAUGUAAAAAGGUUAAUUUAUAAAAUUGCCAGUUUCUAUAGAAAUCUGCACUUUUUGUAAAAUGAAAAUAAAGAGGAUACAUUCUUUACAUGUAGCUAAAGUGCGUUAGGGGACUGGAGUGUCUCUUUAAGUUCUACAUAUUGUCAUCAAAGACCACUAAUGGUAUAGACCUUGUGAAUACCUCUUUAUUAUCAUAGUUGGUUAAUAACUUAAUCCUUCAAUAUGAAUGGUCCUUUGGGAAUGUUUUGACAAGCACUGGACUGAACAAAUUAAUCCUUUAUCAAUGAUGAUCCCAGAAUAAUGCAACGAUUUUAGCCGGGAAGCUCACAAGCACGAUUUUAAACGCAAACCACAUGUUCCCACACAACACGCUAAGCAGAGAAAUAUAGAUUAGGCAAGGCAGGAUUCAUACAAUAAAAUGCUAGUUUAAUACAUUAACUUACUGAUUUUAUGGACAUAAGCAUGAUAUGGGUGGAAGAUUUGAGUAUCUCAAGACUGUUACUAUUAGUGAGAGAGAAAAAUACAAAGCUGGUUCUACUGGUUGGACUUCUACUCCGCGGCAUUUGCGCCAUUCCUGGCUUGGAAAUGAUUAGAGAUAUGGGUUGCAAUGGGCCUGGGCACUAUGGGGACACUAUGGGUGUGUCUAACCAGCUCCUCCGUCUACUCCUCUCUCCCUUGCCCCUCUCCUUAUCCCCCCCUCCAUUUUUUCCUCCUCUUCUUCCUUUCUUUCUCCUUCCCCAACUUCUCUUUUUAUCUCUUCCCAUUUUUCCGAUUCUUUCACUCUUCUGCUACAGAUGCUCCUCAUUUACCGACCGGGUUCUGUUCUUGUGACCCGUUCCUAAAACUAAUUGGUAAGUGAGGCGCAUGCGCACCAGUGCAGGUCUAUUAUCAGGGAAAUUUCCCCAAACAUAGACAAGCGCAGCAGAGCAGGGAAUCCCUCAAAACUAUGUUAGGGAAACGUUCCCCGAACAUGGAAUCCCUGCUCUGGUGCGUUUUUAUAAAUGCAGGGAAAUCUGCUCUGGUGCGCUUGCCUAUGUUCGGGGGAAAUUUUCCGAACAAAGACCAGCUCUCUAAAGUGGGGAAUCCCUUAAAUCCCCAUGCUAGAAAGCUGGUUCUAAGUGCGAGCCGUCAUAAAGUGAGGACCACCUGUAUUAUCGUCCAGAGAGAUACAGGUUGUUUCCCUUUUUCUCUUCUUCCAUUUGGCAUGCUGAGUUGUAAUCUCAGCAUGCAAAAUUUUAGCUUCAAAACUGUAAUAAACUCCUUACAAUAUAUGUUUUCAUAAUGUCUAACAAUUUAUUGAAAUUGUAGACAUAAUGGACAUUUUUACAAUCAGAACCAAUUUUUAUAUUUGGUUUUCUUCAAUUGCACUUUUUUGUGUAAAAAUUAUUAAAUGUAAACCUGAAACAAAAAAAUUUUAUUUUAAUUUUUUCCUAAAAAUGUUUUUCAUAUUUUAUAUUGUGUUAGUUAUACAAUAUCAAAAGAGAGCCCUAUUUCUCCUUAAAAUUAUUAUUUUUUUAAAUAGAGAGAAUAUGUACUUAAACAGGAAGGGGAAUAUUGUGGUAGAAUGAACGCAAAGUACCAAAAAAAACCUCGUCACAAACGCAUUGCAUCUCAAAAUCGCCUUUGUCCGUAAGUUAAGUUUGUGUCAAAAAAGGCAGUAAACCACUAGACCAGUGAGCCUUUAAAUUCACUAUAUUUUGUAAGAACAUUGUUUCGAAGACCGAAACUAUAACGAAAAUACCCUCCUCAACAUCCCUGUUAAGUUGUUAACCCCUUAAGGACACAAUUUCUGGAAUAAAAGGGAAUCAUGACGGAAUAUUUCCGUCAUGUGUCCAUAAGUUGUUAAUGCUCUUUAGUUAUUUACUAUUGAAUAUUACUUUCAGACAAAUGACAUCUAGUGCUGGUUGAUAUAGUCUUUAUUGAUUUGUCCUUUCACGCUUGAAAAUUAAUAUACAUGUUUAGCAUAUUUCAUGUUAAUUGGAUGUUAUUCCUGGUUUUAUUGGGUCAUUUGCAUCCUUCAUGCACUUUUUCCAUACUGCAAGUCAUCCAUAUGUGUGCAAUUCACGUUACACAUGUACCUUUUAUUUGGUUCUAUAAAAAUGUGUUUAAGAGAAAAAAAAAAAAAGACAGAAAUUCCCGUAAUAAUAAAUAUUAUGUCCCCUGAGUAGGCACCCAAGAAUUUAUUUUGGUCAGGUGCUUCUGCUUUUUUUAAGUCUCCUGCCAGAGAUUGUAAGAGGAUGAUCGAUAACUUAUAAAAAGCUUUUACUUUUUCAGUCUAGUCCCUAAAUAUUUUAUUUGGACCACUUAUAAUAUGAAACAUUCAUAAGCAGGCCGAUAUCUCGAUCAGAGGGAGUUUGGAUGGCCCCUACUUCAUUUAAACAUCACCUUUCCAUCAUUCUCCUGCUAGAUAAUGCUGAAUGCCAUCGUCCUCAUUUAAAAGUUUAGGAAAUGGAUCUGACAUUGUAGAAUUCAUGAAUAAAUCAUGCGUGCCUGUGUUCGGAGUAAUGGUAAAUUAAUGCAAUUCAGUGAGUAUUCCAGCUACAAGGUAAAAAGGACUCAAAAUAUAAGAUAAAACAGAAGAAUCAAAUACUACAAAUGGCUCACAUUGAGUAAAUUGGUAAACAUGAAAUAAAUACAGACUUUAAUCUGUACAUAUAAGAAUAAAGCCAAUUUUGUUUCCUCCUCCAGAGGUGUCAUAUGUCUAUUAAUGUUGAACUCUUCCACUGUAUUAGACUCUAGUAUAUGUCCUAGAAGACUCUUCCUUGUAUUUAUAAGUCUCUAUGUAAAAUAUAUACGCAUCAGGUUUUCCUGUAAAGUUGUAUUCAUGCUUCCUAGUUUAUAUGCUAAAGGUGGUAGAUUGAGAUUCUUGCUCUCACCUCAUUGCACAUUUCAUCCAUUACCUCCCUCUCCUUUUCCACUUUUGAGGUUCAUUCCAUAUGCCUUUUCAAUCCCAUCUAUGUCCACAUUGCUGUGAUCUACCGCACCCUGGCUCUCUUCUACUCUUCCUUGACCAAUUCUCUGCUUGGCUACCUCAUUUUCUUCUGACAUUCUAUCCAUCACCCUUGGUGACAUCUACAUCCCAAUUAACCAACACUAACAAGUCAGUUGUCUCAAAAGUCUUAUUAAGUGUUCUUGCAUAGCAAGACCACUUAAUGUUAUCUCACAUAUAUAUUAUUAAGUGUUCUUGCAUAGCAAGACCACUUAAUGUUAUCUCACAUAUAUAUUAUUAAGUGUUCUUGCAUAGCAAGACCACUUAAUGUUAUCUCACAUAUAUAUUAAGUGUUCUUGCAUAGCAAGACCACUUAAUGUUAUCUCACAUAUAUAUUAUUAUUAUUAUUAUUAUAGCAAAAUUUGCCACCCUAACUCCUCCCACAGUUUUUACACUACAUAGACAAAAAUUUACCAAAACGUGCAGAUUGUUCCCGAUCGGAUUGCUAUUACUUUGUGGAACGUUUCGCCGAAUGGUUAACGGAAUAUCGUCGUUCUUGUGGCGAAAUUUGUCCCAUAGGAAUGAAUGGCAAAGCUAGAGUGGGAGCUGGCAAAAGCUGAAAAAUCAGGACAUGAUUUCUAAACUGCCACCACUCCCUUAUUUUCAGGCCCACCUACACAAAUCUUAUAUCAAAACGUUCAGCUAUCCCUGCUGCCACUAAACAUGUCAACGGCUAAGCCAUAGUCCUGAUAGUUUUCACAAUAUAAUCAUUUGUUUGCAACUAACGCCGUCCAUUGACAUUCAUUGAAACUUCACUCUGCAAAGCUCAAAUUUGAAGUGCAAUUUCUAAACUGCGACUGUGCCUUCAAUUUUAAUACUUCAGAGACAUACUAUGCAUCAAAAUGUAGGUCUGGGUCUUGUGAUUCUCACAAUAUAAAGCUCUUCGCUGUAGGAUUUAUAGUUUUUAAAAUAUGACCGUUUGAAGAUGGCAACCACCAAAAUACUCUGACCUGUCAAGGCUGCAGCAGCAAGUGAUGUCAUAGACAGGGCCUUUUGAACACCUGCUAAUGUUUUUAUAAAUGUAUGGUUUAAUGUAACUGUGCAACAACGUUGCAAUUAAAUGUGCUAUAUAAAUGAUAACAGUUACUCCGCCCACUCCAGUUGUAGACUACUGGUGGAGGCAAGAACACUUCACACAAUUUCCCCUGAAAUUGUAGCUUUUCUAGUUCUUAUUCUUAUUAUAGCAAAAUUUGCCACCCUAACUCCUCCCACAGUUUUUACACUACAUAGACAAAAAUUUACCAAAACGUGCAGAUUGUUCCCGAUCGGAUUGCUAUUACUUUGUGGAGCGUUUCGCCGAAUGGUUCACGGAAUAUCGUCGUUCUUGUGGCGAAAUUUGUCCCAUAGGAAUGAAUGGCAAAGCUAGAGUGGGAGAUGGCAAAAGCUGAAAAAUCAGGACAUGAUUUCUAAACUGCCACCACUCCCUUAUUUUCAGACCCACCUACACAAAUCUUAUAUCAAAACGUUCAGCUAUCCCUCCUGCCACUAAACAUGUCAACGGCUAAGCCAUAGUCCUGAUAGUUUUCACAAUAUAAUCAUUUGUUUGCAACUAGCGCCGUCCAUUGACUUUCAUUGAAACUUCACUCUGCAAAGCUCAAAUUUGAAGUGCAAUUUCUAAACUGCGACUGUGCCUUCAAUUUUAAUGCUUCAGAGACAUACUAUGCAUCAAAAUGUAGGUCUGGGUCUUGUGAUUCUCACAAUAUAAAGCUCUUCACUGUAGGAUUUAUAGUUUUUAAGAUACGACCGUUUGAAGAUGGCAACCGCCAAAAUACUCUGACCUGUGUCAAGCUGCAGCAGCAAGUGAUGUCAUAGACAGGGCCUUUUGAACACCUGCUAAUGUUUUUAUAAAUGUAUGGUUUAAUGUAACUGUGCAACAACGUUGCAAUUAAAUGUGCUAUAUAAAUGAUAACAGUUACUCCGCCCACUCCAGUUGUAGACUACUGGUGGAGGCAAGAACACUUCACACAAUUUCCCCAGAAAUUGUAGCUUUUCUAGUUAUUAAGUGUUCUUGCAUAGCAAGACCACUUAAUGUUAUCUCACAUAUAUUAUUAUAUUAUUAUUAUUCUUAUUAUUAUAGCAAAAUUUGCCACCCUAACUCCUCCCACAGUUUUUACACUACAUAGACCAAAAUUUACCAAAACGUGCAGAUUGUUCCCAUCGGAUUGCUAUUACUUUGUGAACGUUUCGCCGAAUGGUUCACGGAAUAUCGUCGUUCUUGUGGCGAAAUUUGUCCCAUAGGAAUGAAUGGAAAAGCUAGAGUGGGAGCUGCAAAAGCUGAAAAAUCAGGACAUGAUUUCUAAACUGCCACCACUCCCUUAUUUUCAGGCCCACCCACACAAAUCUUAUAUCAAAACGUUCAGCUAUCCCUGCUGCCACUAAACAUGUCAACGGCUAAGCCGUAGUCCUGAUAGUUUUCACAAUAUGACCAUUUGUUUGUAACCAACGCCGUCCAUUGACAUUCAUUGAAACUUCACUCUGCAAAGCUCAAAUGUGAAGUGCAAUUUCUAAACUGCGACUGUGCCUUCAUUUUUAAUACUUCAGAGACAUACCAUGCAUCAAAAUGUAGGGUCUGGGUCUUGUGAUUCUCACAACAGUAAAAGCCUUCGCCAGGAUUUAAAAUUUUAAACACGCAUCGCUUGAAGAUGGCAAACCGCCAAAAUAUACUCUUAAUCUGUGCCAGGCUGCAGCAAGCAAGUGAUGUCAUAGACAGGCCUUUUGAACACCUGCUAAUGUUUUAUAAAUGUAUGCUUAUCGUAACUGUGCAAACAACGCUGCAAUUAAAUGUGCUAUAUAUAAAUUAUACAGUUACUUCCGCCCACUCCAGUUGUAGACUACUGGUGGAAGUAAGAAUAUUCUAUUAAUUUCCCAGAAUUGUAGCUUUUCUAGUUAUUAUUAUUAUUAUUCUUAUUAUAGCAAAAUUUGCCACCCUAACUCCUCCCACAGUUUUACACUACAUAGACAAAAAUUUACCAAAACGUGCAGAUUGUUCCCGAUCGGAUUGCUAUUACUUUGUGGAACGUUUCGCCGAAUGGUUCACGGAAUAUCGUCGUUUUUGUGGCGCAAUUUGUCCCAUAGGAAUGAAUGGCAAAGCUAGAGUGGGAGCUGCCAAAAGCUGAAAAAUCAGGACAUGAUUUCUAAACUGCCACCACUCCCUUAUUUUCAGGCCCACCUACACAAAUCUUAUAUCAAAACGUUCAGCUAUCCCUGCUGCCACUAAACAUGUCAACGGCUAAGCCGUAGUCCUGAUAGUUUUCACAAUAUAAUCAUUUGUUUGCAACCAACGCCGUCCAUUGACAUUCAUUGAAACUUCACUCUGCAAAGCUCAAAUUUGAAGUGCAAUUUCUAAACUGCGACUGUGCCUUCAUUUUUAAUACUUCAGAGACAUACUAUGCAUCAAAAUGUAGGUCUGGGUCUUGUGAUUCUCACAAUAUAAAGCUCUUCACUGUAGGAGUUAUAGUUUUUAAGAUACGACCGUUUGAAGAUGGCAACCGCCAAAAUACUCUGACCUGUGUCAAGCUGCAGCAGCAAGUGAUGUCAUAGACAGGGCCUUUUGAACACCUGCUAAUGUUUUUAUAAAUGUAUGGUUUAAUGUAACUGUGCAACAACGUUGCAAUUAAAUGUGCUAUAUAAAUGAUAACAGUUACUCCGCCCACUCCAGUUGUAGACUACUGGUGGAGGCAAGAACACUUCACACAAUUUCCCCAGAAAUUGUAGCUUUUCUAGUUAUUAUUAUUAUUAUUAUAGCAAAAUUUGCCACCCUAACUCCUCCCACAGUUUUUACACUACAUAGACCAAAAAUUUACCAAAACGUGCAGAUUGUUCCCGAUCGGAUUGCUAUUACUUUGUGGAACGUUUCGCCGAAUGGUUCACGGAAUAUCGUCGUUCUUGUGGCGAAAUUUGUCCCAUAGGAAUGAAUGGCAAAGCUAGAGUGGGAGCUGGCAAAAGCUGAAAAAUCAGGACCUGAUUUCUAAACUGCCACCACUCCCUUAUUUUCAGGCCCACCUACACAAAUCUUAUAUCAAAACGUUCAGCUAUCCCUCCUGCCACUAAACAUGUCAACCGCUAAGCCAUAGUCCUGAUAGUUUUCACAAUAUAAUCAUUUGUUUGCAACUAACGCCGUCCAUUGACUUUCAUUGAAACUUCACUCUGCAAAGCUCAAAUUUGAAGUGCAAUUUCUAAACUGCGACUGUGCCUUCAAUUUUAAUACUUCAGAGACAUACUAUGCAUCAAAAUGUAGGUCUGAGUCUUGUGAUUCUCACAAUAUAAAGCUCUUCGCUGUAGGAGUUAUAGUUUUUAAGAUACGACCGUUUGAAGAUGGCAACCGCCAAAAUACUCUGACCUGUGUCAAGCUGCAGCAGCAAGUGAUGUCAUAGACAGGGCCUAUUGAACACCUGCUAAUGUUUUUAUAAAUGUAUGGUUUAAUGUAACUGUGCAACAAAGUUGCAAUUAAAUGUGCUAUAUAAAUGAUAACAGUUACUCCGCCCACUCCAGUUGUAGACUACUGGUGGAGGCAAGAACACUUCACACAAUUUCCCCAGAAAUUGUAGCUUUUCUAGUUGUAUUUGUUCUGGUGAGUAUCAUUCCCUUCAGGCUCUUUGCAGUAAACACUGUGUUUUCAGAGAAAAUGCAGUGUUUAUUUUACAGCCUAGGGAUACCUUCACUGGCCACUCCUCAGAUGGCGGCUAGAGUUGCUUCCUGGGGCAGUUGCUCAGAGUGGCUUGUCUUUAUUCUAACUUAGGGCCCCCACCCACCGCUCAUGGGUGGGGGCCUGGGGGUGAAGGCAAUAAGUCCCCCCUCUUAUUCUAAUUUAGGGCCCCCCACCCACCGCUCAGGGGUGGGGACUGGGGGUGAGGACAAUAGGCCCGCCCCCCCCUUAAUGGUAUUUAGGGCCCCCACCCACCGCUCAGGGGUGGGGGCCAGGGUGGAGAACAAUAGGUCCCCCCCUUUAUUCUAAUUUAAGGCGCCCAUCCACCGCUCAGGGAUGGGGGGCCAGGUGGGAGGACAAUAGGUCCCCCCCUUAUUAGUAUUUAGGGGCCCCCCCACCGCUCAGGUGUGGGGGCCGGGGGGAGGACAGUAGGACCCCCCUUAUUCUUCUUUAGGGCCCCCACCCGCCGCUCAGGGGUGGGAGCCGGGCAGGGGAGGACAAUAGGUCCCCCCCCCUUAUUCUUCUUUAGGGCCCCCACCCGCUGUUCAGGGGGAGGAAAUGUUUUUUUUGUUUGUUUUUACAGUAAGCAGGCUGCUCACUGUUUAAUAGACAUGCCUCUUAUUCUAAUUUAGGGCCCCCCACCCACCGCUCAGGGAUGGGGGCCAGAGGGGAGGACAAUAGGUCCCCCCCUAUUGGUAUUUAGGGCCCCCCCCCCCACCGCUGAGGUGUGGGGGCCGGGGGGAGGACAGUAGGACCCCCCAUUAUUCUUCUUUAGGGCCCCCACCCGCCGCUCAGUGGUGGGGGCCGGGGGGGAGGACAAUAGGUCCCUCCCCCCUUAUUCUUCUUUAGGGCCCCCACCCGCCGUUCGGGGGGGGGGGAAUGUUUUUUUUUGAGGCUGCUCACUGUUUAAUAGACAUGCCCCUACUCGCGGUAUAGCGAGUAGGAGCGUAAUUUUUACUUAGUAUUAGUAAAUUUGGCUGAAAGACCAAUUUAGGUCUUUCAGCCUUUUAGUAGAUAGCUCCCUAAUACCAUGGGAAGAGCCACCAACUGCUGUUCAUCUUACUCUAACUGGAUGUCAUCUCUUCUUCUUUUUUUUUUCUUUUUUUUUUUAUUGUGCUUGUUGUGUACAGGCGGCCUGCAUUGCCACGACAGCGGAUGCAAGCGUUCCAUUAUACAUAAUAUUACAUUCACAUGGCAAAUACUUUUCAUGGACAUUUUGGUAUUAUUACUAGCAGAAAUUAGUUAAGCUGCAUACUAAUUAGCAGUGCAAUAAAACAGGUUAUCUUGAACUGGGCUAAGAGUGGCUCACAGACCAGUUUGUGUGUACUGGAGGUUGUGUGCCGUUAAGAUAGUAUGCAAGGCAUUUUUAGGAGCAUGCGUAACAAUAGUAUAUAACAAUCCUGCCUAUUCUCUCAUAAUUAACCAUGUGGAACACAUUAGGUCUGAAGGUUUUAUCGUAAAAACUAUAGGAAACAGUGGCUAAUCAACUCCGCUAAACUAUGCCGACUGCCCGUCUUUGGAAGGUCAUCGGUAGAAUCCUAUGUUGUCACACGGCAGUAAUCGGUAUGAGCCUCUUGGGAUCAGCGAGUGUAGGACAUUAACAUUUGUGGCUAAAGCACAAGAGGCGAAACACCCCUUUUAAACAUGUAACUUAGUACUGAGAUCGAUGAUCGGGGUGGGGGGGAGAAAGAAAGGGGUACUUAUACCUCAGAGCCAGCGGGUGAGGGUUUGGUGAGACAUGUCUCGAGGAACAGCUAUCUGCCUGCACAUUGUGCAUGCUUUUGUACCUAAUUAUCUAAUAAACAGUGCAACAUAUUAAACAAUAACUUGGAUAAAAGCAGUACUGCAAGCAUUGCGUGGUAGUGGAGGACAUUCAAGUUGUCUCGGUGGUAGCGCUGUUGUUCCGUUGGGUAGCCGGGACAAAAGGGCGGAUAGUGGCCAGGUCCCAUGUCUGCGACUUUGGCUUAGGCACUGGUGGUUGCGUCCCAGUCUCCGCGGGGGGGAGACAAAGUUGUUGAAGAAUGGAGCCCAUUUCGGAUAUGUCAGCAACUCUGAGUCCCAGUCUCGUUGGGUAUCAAAAGGCUUUGUGGUGCUCCCCAUCUAUAGGGUCUUCUAUGUUGCAUCAGCACUGUGGUAAGUGGUCUCAUGGAUCUCCGCCAUGUCAUUGUGGCCCUGGAGAUGUCCGGGUAGAAUAAUAAGGAAUGUCCCUCAAAUUGUAAGGAGUGGUGUUGCGGACCGCUGACAGAAAGGCCUGCCUGUCCGGUCCAUGCUGAAAACGCACUAUUACAUCCCUGCUGGUUUGCUGGGAGUUCACCUGCGGUUUUGGUAGCCUGUAGCAUCCCUCCAGCAACAUGGCUUUGGCUUGUUUUGGCACGAAUAAGCUGGAUAGCAGUCUUCGGAUGAGGUGGGGGAUUUCUGCGGUUGUAACGCUCUGUCAGGCCCCCUAUUUUAACAUUGUUCCAUCGCCUACGAUCUUCCAUUGCUGCAACUUGGUGCUGGGUUUGGAUCACAUCGUUCUUGGUCUUAGUCAGCUCGCUCUCAAGGUUAUUAAUGCGGGCCUCGUGUGCUGCUGUGCUGAUUUCUGUGUCAUGUAGUCUCACCGACACCCCAUGAAUUUCCUCUUUAAAUGAAUUAAUGUCUGCCGCGAUAUGUCGGCGGAGAUCAUCCAAGAGGGCUUUCAGUCUGUCUUCAGUGACUGGAGGGUUGCUUUGUGCCUUAGUCUUGCCUGCUCUCUGCGUCUCCGCCAUCAUUUCCAGGUUGGAGAGUAAGUCUUUGCUGGAUGAUCUGGACGGUGCGUCCGAGAGCUGCACCAUGACAGGUCUCAGGGAUGCUUGCGGCCUCCACAGAAGUUCGCCGAUAUCGGCGGUGUUUUUCCAUCCGGUAUUUUUUGCUUUUGUGCCCCAUCAUCUUAAGAAGUUGGUGGGAGCAGCACCCUUGGAAACACUAGAAGUACUAUCCCAAGACUUGCCGAUGGGCCGGUGGAAAGGGAGGGGUGAACUCCGGGUCCAGGACAUACUAGAGGGAGGAAAGAUUAAGCAAUUCCCCAUCCUGCAAAGGGAACUACAGCUACCAGCAAGGGAUAUCUUCCAAUACCUUCGAAUAAAAAACAUAGUGCACUCGCACAUUCAACUCUGCACUACUCAUUCCCUCAAACCCCACAUAACGCUUAAACAGGCACUUCUCCACAAACAAAUCAAACCGCUUUCAGCAUGUUACAACGCACUAAUCAAUUCGGCAGCCCCCGACAAUCAUAAAACCACAUACAUGAAUCUGUGGGAGAAGGACUUGGGACUCCAAAUUCCCAAAACAGAGUGGCUAACGGCUCUGGAAAUCACGAAAAAAGCAUCGCAAAGCCUCACACUCUGGGAAGCGUAUUGCAAGGUGCUAAUGAGGUGGUACUUGGUACCACAUAGACUAGCAAGUAUGUACCCGGGUACGUCCGGGAAGUGUUGGAGGUGUAACAUAGGAUAGGGAACCAUGAUCCAUAUUUUCUGGACAUGCCCCUCACUGACAGAGUACUGGGAGGCGGUCCAUCUGCUUCUACUAAGCAGGACGGGAAUCACUCUCCCCAAGAAGCCGGAACACUACAUACUUCACAUAAUACCCAGCAUAGCAACUCACCCCCAUAGGAAAGUAGCGGUAAACAUUCUAACGGUAGCAAAAAUACUGCUAGCCAGCAACUGGAAGAGCAACAAAAUACCAGUAGUAGAGGCUAUAACACAUAGAAUGGAUAUGAUUAGCGCAUAUGAAAAAAAUGGCAAAUAGGGUAAAUGGUAGUAGUAUGAGAUACGACAGAGAAUGGAGUUGCUGGCCAGCGGAAAGUUAGGUAGUAAAACGGGAACCUUGAAAAGGCGAUGCCUACACUCACAUAGAACAAGGUCCAGAUGGGAACAAGGCCAAGAUACAAAUGGAUGCAUAGGAUUAAAUCAUCACAUGUAUAAAAUGCUGUCUAGGGUACCCCCCUCUCCCUUCUUCCUUUCUGUAUCCCCCCCCCAACCUAAGUUUUGUUACAAAAUGAAAGAAUAGGUAAAGCUUGUCGGACGUGCAUCAAAAGCAGUAAUUGUCAUGUGUACCGCACCAACACACAAAGAUACUAGGCAAAUCACAUAACACAGUGCCCUCGAGCAGAGAGUUCCAAAGGGAGUGAACCUACCUGGGAAGCAUCACAGGCUUCAAAAGUAUAAUCAAAUGUACACACAGUAGAUAUUAGAUCGAUACCAUGUGGGGCAAAUGGUUUACACAGCUGCGACUGUGCGGGGUGUGAAUGCCAGAGUGCACUGCGAUGCACAAAGUCUGAUAAUAUGCUUGUACCAAUAAAAAGACAAAUGAGAAAAAAAAAAAAAAGAAGUUGGUGGGGCUGGUGUGGUAGGGUAAAUUGGGCAGGAACAGCUUGUUUUUCCCUGGCUUGCACGGAGCUCCUGAGAGACACGUCCGUUCUGUGUGGCUGCUGGCUCCGCCCACCCCCCAUCUCUUCUUUAAAAACAUAAUCUUUCCAAAACUAAACUUCUUAUAGACAAUGGAAAGUGGGGUACCCAUCAAAUACCCCUCCUCCUUUGUCUUCUUCCCUUCAGGUCAAUGGAACACAUAUUAUCCCAACUUCCCAAGCAUGCGGUCUUGGUGUCUUUCAACUUUGGCCUCACCUUUGCCCCUAACUCCAAUCUAUCCAAAUCAUGUAACUUCCAUCUUUAAAACAUUGCACGUAUUGCAAGCAUUCAUGUCUUCACAUUUCCUGUAUCCAUGUGGGCCAGUCCUCCCCUGAACACAGGCACCAUAUUAGUCUUCUCCUCCCCUCAGAAAUGUUUUGUGUUCCUCCCCCACCCCCCUAAUCCUCCUCUUAUAUUGUGAGAUUGUUUGAGCAGGGCCCUCUUCACCUCUUGUCACUGUCCACACUACUUUGCAUGCCAAUACUUGUAGUUUUAUAUCCCCAAUGUAUAAUUGCAAAGAGCUGUGAAAUAUUUUGGCGCUAUAUGAAUGAUAAAUUACAUUAUACAAAUGGCAUGUCUGCAUGCAUCUUCUGUGUUCCAGCAUGUCUGCAUUAUUUCACCACAUGCAAAGAUCUACUGACUUGCGGAGAUUCUAGAAUCUGCAAAUUACUUCAUAGCAGGGGUGUUGCUUGGUUGCAGAAACACGAGGCAUGAGCUCAAAGGAUAAUUUCAUGCCCUCUAUGCACCAGAGCCGUAUGGAUACCUUUCUAUGUCAUGUCCUCUCUGCUCAUGAACAACAUACAGCUGAGUAUAUCCUGGAUCUCAAUGAAAGCAUAGCCAGAAACAAGGACAUGCUGAACAGCCAGGUAAUCAAUGCUUUCUUGCCACCCUACGUUACUAACAUAGGAGAGUGCAACAAUAAUCUGUUCUCCAGCCCACCCUCUCGACAGUCACCUGGUGGGUACCAAAUCUCCCCUUAAAAUAAGAACAUCAGCUGCUUUGCGAAGAGCCUGCGCGAUGUAAGCUACUAAACUUCACAUCUGGAUUCAUCCCUCAAGCGACCCCUGUGCUUUAAUCUAUAUAGGAGAGGGCAUGAAGAGUGGUUUGGGGACCAUUGAUCUACACUCUGAGGGUGGCAGUAAACCAUACACUAUAAGUGGCUAUCUGGGCAGUUAUUAGUUUAGCUCAGUGUUUUAUGUUGUAUAAUAAGCCAGAUCCCGUUUUCUCUGCUCCGCUGAGUUAUUCCUCAGCCUAGCAUCCUGCAUUACUUGUUUUCAUCUUAGGCAGUCUCUGCGUCAAUCCUAAAUUGUCCCCACUCUUUCCAUCUAUUGCUGUCCUCAUUGUGAUUACCUAGCGUUUGCCUCGCAAUGUGUCCUGACCCUUAAUGUAACUACAUUUAGUUAGCAGACUUCCAAAUUGCCCAUAAGUAUUCAAUCACUAUGUUUCUGGCUGUCCUGUGGAAGCGUUGUAGCACAUACCUGCCCUGUGUUUCAAUACUUUUUUUUUUUAUCCCCACGGUUCCCUUCUAUAAGUCACCAUUCAAACUAUAUAUAUAUAUAUCUCAAUAUACGUUGACAAAGGAAACAAGCCUUUGUGAUAUCUCUAUGGGCAACCUGCAUCACACAUAGAACAGUGGAGCAAAAGCAGAGUUCUGCAUUAUGAUUCAGGAUGUAUGCAAAUAACAAUUUCCUGAACGUUCUCUUUACCAACACACUAAAAUGCAAAGAUGGCACGUUCUGUGCCCCUUAAUAUGGGAGUCUGGUUGGAGUAAGUAACGAAGUUACACCAGAAGAGAACAUGGAAAGUUUUAGCAUGCAUCUCGUAUUCUUUUAAUAACCCUGCUAAAAAAAGAGUUCUCCUCUAAACCCUUAAAAUAAGAAAAAAAAAAUUUUUUUGCAAAUUAACAAUAGUUUUGUAUCCAGAAUGUUUAUGUAUUUUGCUUUUUGGCUAGAAAAUAAAAGCGUGUUCAAAAUAUUAUUUGAUAGGAUAUAGCUAGGUCUUCAUCUGUCACGAUACUUACCUGUUCGACAAUGUCAAACUGAUCCUCUCCACCAGUUGCGUGGGCCCAAUGCACUGCUCAGCCACACGUCUUGAAACAUGUGAAAUCGAAUAAUAUUUUUCUUACCAAUUUGACGCUGAUGAACAGCUCCUCUUCUCUGUUCAUGUGGGUUGAAUGCACCGCUCAGCCUCGUCUUCAAUCUUCCCAUAAAACUUUGGACGCUACCCACUCGAAUUUUAUAUAUAUCUUUAUAUAUUUGUGAAACGUAACAUGCAGUCUUUAAGUGGCCACGUCAUGUAGGUAACAUCAUUCGCAUACUUUUUGGAGUCACAGAGAUGAGAUCAAUCAGAAACCAUGUAAAUCUAUAUAACGCUUGGCCAUUAUUCAAUGCCCUGUCCUGUUUUUUUAAAUUUUUUAUUCUUUAUUUAGGUCGUGCAUGAGGAUUACAUUCAAGUGUGCAUUACCACAACGGUUAUUACACACAGAUCAUGUAACAUAGUAUUGUAAACAUGUGGUUUUACAUGCUAGGCACAUUUUUAGUUUUAUAGAGAGAUGACUAAAAGAUACAUCCUGGUCUAGGCAUGCUUUAUCAUACAUUUUCCAUAAGAGUAACAUUGCUAGAGGGUUUGUAGGGAACGUUUGAGGACAUACUUUGUGCAUGGGUAUGCUGACCUAUGGAUGUGUAUGUACUCAAAUGUUGUGAGUGCUUUUAUUGUUCCCUGGUGUAAUAGAAAAUAAAAUAAAUUAAAUGAAGAUAACCACAUAAUUCAGUACUUUAUCUUGGUUGGUAUCGCUAUCUUAGUGAGCAUUACUGGCGUUUAUUCACUGUUGUAGUGCCACCAGGACUUUUCUAGGGCGAGUUGUGCCUAUAUCUGGUAAUAGUUACGCCCGGCUAUGGCAGGGUUAUGCACGGAGGGUAUGCUGGACUAGUGUCGGGCGGGGGGGAAAACAAUGCGGUCGGUGGACCUUCCUGUUAAAGGAGUGUAACAAACAGGUAAUUUAACUUUGGCAGCCUAAUAAUCUAACCGUGGCUGUGUAACAGGUAAGUAUAUUCAACUAUUAAGUCCGGCAUAUCACGGUUCAGUGUCAAGCAUGUUUCAGGUAGUCACAGUCCCGAUCAAGUCCGCCGUGGGUCCGCGAAGGACGAAGGGUGUCACUCUUUCGGGGUUCCAUCUAUGUACCGGCUGGAUUGUUCCUUGAGUCUCAGAGCCAGUCAGAGAGUCCUGAGGGAAUCCAAGUGUGGGUAGUAGUGCCUUGGCUUCCCGGAGGUCUCGCACUACAUGUGUGGUAUCUUCGUGUAGGACCAUCAGUUUGCGGGUCUGGUGCCAUUUAUAUUUUAGUCCACGUUUCUGCAGAAGCGUCGUGAAUGGUCUGAGCGACUUUUGCCAUGCCAAAGUGCCCUCUGUGAGGUCUGUGUAAAAAGAUAGUUCCAUUGUUUUGAAUUUGUAGGGGGAGCAGUUUCUGGUCGCUGCCAAUACAGCGGUUUUGGCUGAGUAUUGCAGGAACCGCACGAUCAGGUCCCGUGGCACUGCCGCUGGUGCCAAGGCCGGCUUUGGGGCCCGGAAGAAACCGUCCACCGUAGUAGCUUUUGCCUGUCGUGGUGAUAGAAGGGCCACUAGUAGGCGCCUCAGGAGGUGCGGCGUGUCUGCAGCAGGAGAUCCGCAAUAUUAGGUCCCUGUCAUGGUUUUUCCGGUUUUAUUUUCUUGGUCUUGCGCCCCAUCUUGGUGUUUUGUCAUCCUUGGACCCUGAGGGGAGCCCAAAGCGGGGUUAAUUGUGUAUAAUACACGGAUUUUGGUCCGAAAAUGCCGGAGCUCUUUUCUCAUGCGGCUGUUCAGCUCGGCUGCUUGGCUCCGCUCCCCUGUCCUGGUUUUUAUCUUGAUACACAUAUAGUGCGUACAGUAAGUUUCUCUUCAAUUUUUUAUAUUGACCUUGGCUUGUACAGUGACAUUGAGGAUUUCUGGUAUCCUGACCCGACUUAUUUAUUUGCAUAUUCCGUAUGACUAUAAUCCUGACCGUGGCAAUUUCUGACUUGGUCUCUAUCUUUAUAUAAUGUUAAGUCUGGCCACUCUAAGGCCCAGUAACAGGUCUUUAUUUGACCCUCUAUUUGCAGGUUUUCCAUGUCCUGUAAGUUGGGGUAAUACCCAUGUGACAUUAUUCCCCGUGCACUAUCUCCUUAGAUUUGAUGUCUUCGGAGGUAGGACACCAACAGCUGCUUGAACUAUCUCUGACUUGGCAUAUCUCUACUGUAUAACAUAUCAGAUGACAUAUCAGAUGAUAUUACUUACUAUCAUCCUCCCAUUAUACGAAUACUUAAUUGUGCAAUAGCUCUUGCCAAAUGUAUUUGGGAGAUUACGUAGGCAUGUUACUUAUCACAUGAUCGUUGAAAAAGAAAUUAAAAAAAACGUAUUGUAUUUUUGUAAAAAUUUAAAUUGUAAUAUACUUUCUUUGUUAUGUUGUUUGGUUUUCCAAUAUUAUUUUUCUGGGCAAAACCUUUAAUGUUUUUUGUAGUAUCUGCUUUUUUUAUAUCAUUGCAUUUUUAGAUACCAA